GGGAGUCCAGCUCGGGGUUUCCAGCAGAGAGACGCAGGAGCUGAGGACUCCUCACGGCAAACAGAACCCAGACCCGCAUCUGUCCGGCACCUCCACGAGAAGUGGACUGAGAGGGACACCGGACACGAACACAACAAACGACCAAGCACCUGGAGCGAUAGCACUGACACACGGUGGGUGUUUGUUUCUUUUCUGACUAAACUAUUGGAGGGUGAAGUGAGACUCACAGACAUAUGAACUCUGCGCUGUUGAGAACAUUUUACUUUGAGAGUCCCGUCCAAGAAAAGUUCCGUUUUCAACACACCGGUGGUCAGUGCACAGAGGACAGUAUCUGUCUGUUUAGAAAGUGAUUCUGAAUUGCAAAAGCAGUCGCUUCAUAACAACUUGUUGCCCGCCACAGGUUGCAGCAGCCCCACGGGUGGAUGAGCGCUCAGAGAUGGAGGCGUCGCUGCUAAUACUUGUCUGCGGUGAGUAGACUGUACAAGUCAAUCCGUGUUUUCUGCCUCCUAAUAAAUCCUCUGAUGUGACUCACUGAGCACAGAUGAGAGAUAAAGACUGUCUCCAGGUCAUUUGACUUUCUUUGACAAGUCACUGGAAAAUUUGGAGCUCGUGGGUUCUUGUUAAAGCUGAAGAGGUCAGGUCCCAGAGGUUUUUACAGGGUUAGAGUUUACCAAAGCAGGUAUUGUCUUGUCAGUGGGUUAAGGGUCCUUGAAUUUGAGUCUGUGCAAGUGGCAAGGCUCUAAAAAGACUUGUUUUACCUCAAAUUAAUGUUGCAUUGUUGAUAAGAGGCUGCUGUGUUAGGAUUCACAGUAUUUGAUAUUGCUAUUAUUUGCGUGUCUGAUAUUUGCAUAUGUUAAAUUUGCAGUUCCAUGUGUCUAACUUUUACAUCUUAAGGAAAAAGUCAAGUUUUUUGAAAUAUUCGCAGUACAUUGUAGCAGAUAGGCCUGUAUUUAUGUAAGUGUACUGGUUCUGUAUGGGUCACUAACAUGGAGCAUCUCUCAUUCCACAUCUUUACAAAUCCAUUGACCAGUCCAGCACUGCGCAGAAAACCUCUAGCGUCACAGGCAGAAACAGUAGCCUGGACCUCCUGGAUGUAAGGUCUAUGGGAUUGUUGGCCUCUAGGGUCUCUGGGGUCAUCCCUGUCUCUCUCUCUCUCUCUCUCUCCGUCUCACUGUCUCAGUCUGUCAGUCUCUCUCUGUGGGUGGUGUCGCUCUGUUUAUGGUCCUCCUAAAACAGCCCCAGCUGAAUCCGCAAAUAGAGACACCCACUCCACACCCACCUUCAGACCCCUUUGAAUGCAUCCAGUGCUGUAUGUAUAUGUAUGGAUGUGUUUGCAUCGGAUAAAAGUGUUGUAGUUUUUCAACUCCUUUAACUUAAAGCAUUUAGUUUUAUUGCUGUCUGACACCAGCACUUCUAUUGAAGUGGAUGUACUCAGUGCCAUCAGUGAAACAAAGUUUUUCUCUGAUUAAUUGAAUCCAAUAAAAGGCAUCAGUAUUGUAUUGUAUUGUAUAGCCCCUGAGUGCUGAAGACAAUGGGCUUUAGUGCUUCAGCAAGGGUCAAUUAGCACCUGCUGUUGUCUCCUUAGACACUGUCACUGAGUGCAGCUGCAGCUCCUGAUAAAAGUCCAGUGAUGGUAUGUCAUCCUUGUGGAGCUUAAACCUCUCCCUUUGUGAAUUUUGUAAACUGCAAGCACGAUGUUGUGUUUCUUUACUUGAAAACUACAAGGAUAUAAUAAUAGCACCAAUGUCUUUUUCAGUUUAGCAUAAUGCUCUUUCUGUCAUCGUUGCAGCCUAAAAUGUCUAAUUUACAGAUGCAAUGCAAAUUUACAGUGUCACUAUUACACAUCCAUGGUUAACUCCAAUCUAACUUAAAAGUCCUGUGAGGAACUUUCACUUUGAACCAACAUUGACAACCCCUGUGGAUAAAGCAGUCCUCUGCAUGUUUAGUAGUGUCUUCUAAAUCAAUAGAAUCAAUAUGAAUCGCAGUCUGUUUCUAAACAUCAAAAAACUCCUCACUGGAGCUUUAAUGAGCUGUCCUCUGACACACAGAGGUGGAACUACACAGCAUUUAUCAAGCCGAGUGAGUUUGAUUCAGUUCAUAAAGACGGACUCAGGGAAUAACUGUUUGUCAAAUCUGCAGAGGUCAUCAUGAUUGGUCAAAAUUGCAAGUUUUCUGGAUAUUGUGUGAUAUUUCUUAACAUUACUUUUGAUGGGGGGUUAUUUGAAGUUGUGAAAAAAAAAAAAAACUUGCUUAUACCAGGUUUUAAUAGGUUUGUUUGAUUGUCAGGGGGAAAUGACCUAGCAAUAGUGGUACCAAUGAAAGUUGGGGAAGGUUUCUGUUUCUGCAUUUUUCUAAGUAUUGUUACUAAGUACUAAGACAACACCUACAAAACAGUGAAAAUCAUGAAGUUCAUGAAAUAAGGUUAAACAUGGGAUGAACACCAGAGAUGAGUGAUUUGCCAAGUGUGGCUGACAUUGACUGAGAGAUUCACCUGUCUGUUUAGCUGUGAUGGUCAUGGAUUCACCUUGUUGCGUGGUCAUGUGCCAGUUUAACCUUUAUACAAGCUGAUCUCUGCUGUCCAGAUCAAAACACUGCUGCACUACAAGAAGCCAUCUAUCAUCUGUGCUUGUUUACUUCAAUGUUGUAAAAGGCACUCUGACAGUAGGAUGCUGAAAUCAGUAUGUGUUUAUUUUAUAGCUAGAUCGUCACUUCAAAAGUCACUCUUCAUUCAGAGCUUCAUUUUGGGUAAAAUAAGUAGAUAUUUUAAGUUGUUUUCAUGACUGUCCCCUCCCCCACUGACCUGAGUAAAAACUUCCUCCAGUAGGACCACCACCUGCAACAGCUUCUCAAUGUUGUCAGUGCAUUUGUGUUUGUGACCUGAUCGAGCAUUAUUGAUUAACGUCAGAGGAGGGACAGGGAGGAAAUCACUUUUUUUUAGAGCGGAAAUGUGAACAAGGGUGUGCGGCGGUGUGUGUCCGGACACCUCACACACUGUCAGUUUGGAGAUAGGAAGCUGUCAAUCACAGCCCUGACCCCUAUGAGCAGAAGCUACAAGGUCAAGGGUCGUAUCCGAACCCUAAGGUCAGAGGCGGGGGUUAAUUGGAGUGUGUGUGGCUGUGUGUGUGUUUGAGAGCAGAGGAGAGUGAAAGGACUCUGAUCAGAGGAACAAAGGAAUCAGCAGUGUCUUCUUGCCUCCUUUUUCUUUUCACUUUCUUUUUCUGGGGCUGUCUGUGAGGGUGGGGGUGGAUGGAGGUCCUGAUGUCCUGAAGAAAUUUAAGAUUGUGCAAAACACGUUGCACCAAAGUUUUAACUUCUUUGAGUGUCAGUUUAGGAAGUAUUUUCUUAUGAUGUGUGGGUGUUGAAGAAGGAACAGACAACUAAUUAUCCUGCAAGGAAGGAAGGAAGGAAGGAAGGAAGGAAGGAAGGAAGGAAGGAAGGAAGGAAGGAGAGCAAUGAGGAUGGAAGGUAGCAAGAAAGGGGAACUUCACAUAAAAGAGGAUCUUGUUAAUCCUCUGUAAUUCACAUUUCUUAGAAGUACGUUUGUAAAGGAAUGAGGGUUUGUCAAGCUGCUGAUGUUCUCUUUAGAUGUGUGUGUGUAUGAUGUGUAUGUAUGUGUGUGUGUGUUAUAUAUAUGUGUGUGUGUGUGUGUGUGUGUGUGGGCAGGUGAGGGCUGGCAUUAGGCAGUGGGCGUGAGAGAUUGUGCUCCCGAGGCCUUUCUAAGCCACAGCCUCCGGAAAUGUGCGGAUACCAGAACAAUGGUGCGUUAAAGCCUACUAACCACCAGCACCAGAGACAGAGAGGGAGGCUGAAAAAUUAGAGGGGGAGGGGGUGUGGAUGUGAAAGAAUCAGGACAAAGAGGAAAGAAAGACUUCAGGCACACAGAGAAGGGGUGGAGAGAGAGGGAGAGGGAACAGGUUUGUUCCUAUGAAAGGACGGUGAGUUAGGUUUCCCUGUCCAGUUGCCAAGAGCUUCUCUGGAAGAAAGGAGGAGGCGGAGGAUUUAAAAAGGGGUGGAUGAAGGAGCAGGGAGGAGGAAUAGGAAGUGGAGGUGGUCUCAUUAAAAACAAUGGAGUGGUUGGUACAGUGGAGAUCCUGAGUGAAGUACCAUGUGCUCAGAGUUUGCAGAUAAACAGGCCUGAUAGUUUUCAAACACAUUGUAGCUAUGUGGACUGGGGAUGCAAGGAUGUUGUCAAUUUUAGGAUAUUACAGGAUCAAAAGUGUCCUGAUAACAUUGUGGAACUGUGUAAAUAUUGACCUCGUUGGCUGACAUUGGCAUAUAAUGUGCCAGACACAAGUCACUCAUAAUGCCAAUAGAUAAUCAAGUGAAAAAAUGCAUAGUCAUAAAAUGGGGGUUACCCCAUGCAAAAUAUAUCACAUUAAAUAAUAAAGCUCCAGUGGGAACUUUUCUGUUUUUGUUAGUUUUGGUGCCUCUAAAUCAGAAAGUUCUCCUUUGUCAAAUUCUUCUCCUCUUAAAUCUUUACUAGAUUUGUCCUGCUUGUAUCUAAUAAGUGUUUUCUGAUAACAGAUGCUUUUUAACAAUGAAACUUGUCACUCUAUGCUGAUGUUUGCUCUGGAAAAGGUACGUUCAAGGCUGUUUCUUUAGAGUGCUGAAAGCCAUGUCAUCUGAGAAUAGGUUACAGCAGUUACAGGGUUAAAAGUUAACGCUUAAUAAUUUUCAAUAAUUCUGUCAUUGAUGACCUUGUUUGCCACUUUAGGUCAGAAAGAUCUCCCACUGUUUAUUUCAGCCUGUUUCAUAACCAGUCAAAAACUCCAUAUAGUAGCUUUAAUAUUAGUUAGUUCAAAAGCAACAAAAAUACAGCGGCAACAAGGGGGCUUCAUUUUUCCAGUUUGUAUCCUUAUGGGCUCAGAAGAGGAUAUUCAUUCAGAGUCACAAAGAACCAACAAGAACCAUUGGACCAUGUGUCGCCAUCAUGUGCUCUGUUCACUGUUGCAGAGUUCGGCCAGCAAAAACAGGAGCCACAUGAACAGAGAGAUCAUGUAGGAAUUGUGGAGUUAGGUAUACCUUGUACCGAUCCACAUUUAAUUCACUGGUGCAGUAACCUGGAUCCAUUAUCUAAUACAUUUUUUGAAUAAUUUUCUAUCCCAAGCCAACAAAACAAACGAGAUAAAAAAAAAACAUAGGGGUUUGGUUGUUUGUUUUUUAUCGCUGUUGGUUAAACAGUCAGAGUUUGGUUGAAUAACUGUCACCACCUUUGGGUUCAAAACUGUCAGUGAGUGAUAACACUCAGCGCAAUCAUAUAUCUAGUCUUGAAGAACUACAACAUUUACAACAAGAAGAAAGGACAUGAUAAACACAGCACACACACACACACACACACACACACACACACACACACACACACACACACACACACACACACACACACACAUUCACAGAUCAAAGUUAUAUUAAUAUUCUGAUUACAGUCCCUCCAUGCUGCCCUUCCAAAUAGAGUCAUGUGUUUGAUAAAAUAAGAAUAAAGAGGAUUAUGUGAUACUUCUCUUACAUCAAACGCUGUGUAUGUGAAUCAUUGUCCUGGGCCACAGGCCAAGUCUAAUAACAGGCUGUGUUCACAGCUUGUUAAAAAACACUCUCAGACACAUCCCUAUCCUCUAAUUAUCUAAUGGCAGACAAGCUGCAAUUACACCAAGAUACUACAACAUGCGGGGAUGGAAGGAGGAAUAAGGAAGGAAGAGAGGAAGACAGAGAGGAAGGAAUAUAAAACAAAUAGGAAGAAAAAAAUGAAGAAUAUAAUCAAUGUGAUAAUUACUUUCUGAUUCAAGAUGUGUUUUCAUAGAAAUUUGCUUGACCUCCAGCCACAGUGUGUGGUUGUUUUAUCUUGUAGACCUGUAAUUACACACAGCCUCUUUUUAUGUACUCUUACAAGUCCAAUAAAGUCUCUAGGUUUGUAAAAAGCAGCCAGCUGUCUCAUUUUCAGGGUCAGCUGUAUUUAAGUGGUACUAGAGUAAGAAGUCCUAAAAAAAAUGCAGGAGGAAUUUGACAGGAUUUCAAAUGAGCAGCUUUACUUGUAGUAGUAUGUUCUUGACUAGGGUGGAAAGAGCACUAUGAUAUUCUACCCAAACCUUUAGCACCACAAGCAAAAACGGUAGCCUGGACCUCCUGGAUAUCAAGCAGUUUGGGGUCUAGUGUCUUGCCCAAGGACACUUCAGCGUUUACAGCAGGUCCAGGAUCCAUGACCUUCAGAGCCAGAGACAACAGACUUACUGCUCAGCCACAGCCACAGCCACCCUGUUAGCUUAGUAACAAUAUGUUAUCAACAGUCCAAGUAACUUUUGUAACUCAUUGACUUCUCUGAAAGCAUCCAGGACAGGUGUCUGCUGACCUGUAAAAUCUUUUGAAGCAAACUCCUAAUUCUUGGCACCUCUUUUGACGUCUCGGUGGGAACUGUAACCAAACAAGAUGACACAUGAAGGCAACACAUGUGCUCUUGCUCCAGACUGAUUGAGUCAUGAGACCCUUUUUAAUAAACAGCCAAAGUCAGCUCACAAGUCCCAAGUCAAGUGUAAGUUAACUUUUAUAAUUGUCUGUAUACUGUGUGUGCGUGAUGAGUGUACUUAUUCUUCGAUGUUUGCUGUGCUGAUCCUUUGCUGCGGUUAACACGGCAGAUUUCCCCACUGUAGGAUGAAUAAAGGUUAAUCCUAUCUUAAAAUUUAGUACCUGAGUUGACUUUAUCACUACAGCUCUGCUAUUGUGUGUGUGUUGGAUCUGAACUAUUGAAAAGCACGUCAACUUAUCUUUAGAAAACUAAAAUUCAUUUGGAAAGCCUCAGGAUGUUUGUACAGCUUGCUUAACCAUACUCUGUUUUACAAUUGUCAUGUUUCCCUAACUUCUACAAUGGAGGCAAGAAGUGCAAAUUUAGCAUGACACAGUAGACAGAAAAGAUACAAUCUCGAAAGUAGACCUCAGUUGAAAUAUUUCCAUUUCCAUGUCUUUUGUGUUCCCACCCCUCACCCGAGGCUCUUAAUACUAAAAGUGAGGACCCACCAAAACUAUUUAACAGUUUUCUUGUUGCUAUUGGUCACCCAGGCCGAGGUCAUCAUGAGUUCAAUUCAAAGGUUAGAAGUUGAAAAUAUGACCUUACACACAAACGCAUGCAGUACUCCCUUGUGCUAUCCUAAUUGCGCUCAGAGGACUCUGACCUUUGCUGUCAGCCACAUCAGGGUCUUUCUCUCACAUCAGGAAGCAAUUACAACAUGUAAAAGUCAGACACAACAAAAUUACAUUACUGGCAAACAUUCAAGCAUGCACAUUGAAGAACACAAAUGCACUUGAAAUCUUUUACAGUCAGAGAAAACACAACUGCACAGUCAAAGAACAGAAAUUCAUUCUAAUAGUGCACACACGAUUAAUUGUGUGAUUAUCAUCAGGCUCAUAUAAUGGCAGGAAGACAAACACACAUUUGAACACACAAAUUACAUGACUCAACUAAUGACAUGUCCCACGUGUGCUGCACUUUUCUGAAUCCUCCAAGCAGAGCCAGAUUUUCUAAAGGAGAGACUCUGAUUAGCACCUACAGCUAAAAACCAUCUGCACUCUGCUCACUGGUCCAUGUCUCCCCAAGCAAACACACAACUCAUUAAUCACUAGACACUCUCUGCUUAGUAAUGGAUGGACAAGCUUGUUGACCAACAGGCUGCACCCAACAUCUGCUGGCCAUGUGUCCCUCUCAUUAAUGGAUAUUUUGGGCUCAGACAUCACGGCAGUCACUUAACAGUGAGAAGUGUUUUAAUCACUGGCUUGUUUUUUUUCUUUGGCUAGUGACAUAUUAAACCAAAUAGAAAUGAAACCCCAGCACUCCACCUAGCAUCACCUUUAACAGAUAACUCAUCGUUCAAAAUAGACAGGAGUUCAUGUUAUGGGGUGGCAAUAGCUCAGGAGGUAGAGUGGUCAUCCAAUAACUGGAAGGUUGGCGGUUCGACUCCCCCCUCUCCCAAGUCUCUCCGUUGUGUCCUUGGGCAAGACACUUAACUCACCUUGCUCCCAGUGUGUGUCCUCCACUGGUGUAUGAUUGUGAGUGUGUUGUGUGGUGGUGGUCGGCCGUAGGCGCAAAAUGGCAGCCACAUUUCCGUCAGUCUGCCCCAUGGCAGCUCUGACUACUAAGGUAGUUUACCACCACCAAAGUGUGACUGUGUGAGUGAAUGAAUGAUGUAUCCAAUGUAAAGCGCUUUGAGGGUCUCUGAUAAAGCGCUAUAUGAAAUCUGAUGCAUUAUUAUUAUCGUGUUCAUAAUUAAUUUUGCUGACUUCUCUCUGCAUUAGCGCAGAGUUGAGACAGUCAACAGUAGUGGUGCAACGGAUCAUCAUUGAUCCGUGAUCCGUUCGGAUCGACGUCAUCGGUUCGGCACACACGUUACCCGCGGUUCGAUUUCUGAAAAAAAAAAAUUGGCUUCCCUGUCAACUAUGAUGAGGAAGGAAAGAGGUCAGUGGACAAAACUGCGAAGGUGUGUAGGCACUGUGGCAUAAGAAAGCCAUAUGACAGUGGAAACACAUCGAGCAUGUUCACGCAUUUGAAAGCGACAUCACCCGGGUGUUUUAAUGACAGGUGUUGUGCCGUAGACUGCACCCCUGCCGUAGAACGCACCCCUGCAUCCCCUCCACUCGUUAGCUUCUUAAAGUGGAGAUAAUGAUCUCAUAUUUAAAGAAACACGAGUAUUAGAUCAUGACAACAUGUCAAAUGGAGCAGCAAACUUUCAUUUUCUUUUUAUGUGUCUCAAAAAUGCAAAUAUAGAGGUGUACUUGGGUAUAAACUGUACAGAAAGCUGUCCAGGUAGAGAGCAUUAUAUUUUCGGGACAGCAAUAUUCCAAGGGCUGUUGUUUUUGGCUUCUUUGAAUAGCCUGAAUGAAAUUAUUACAGGCAAACGCUUUUGAAUCCAUCCAAUGUAAGAAAAACUUGGAUUAUUUCGCCUCGUUAUGUACUUUAAACCGCGCUCCCGUCAGGGGGUGCAUUCUACGGCAGGGGUGCAUUCUGUGUCACAACACCUGAGGUAAAACGAAAGCUGGCCAGCAAUUGCUCAUCACCGCAGCAUUUAAGCAGCCUCUUCCUGCGCAAUCCGACCGGGUUAAAGCUAUCACAAACGCUAUCGGUGUGUUUAUAGCUACAGACAUGAGGCCAUAUUCAGUUGUGCAAAUGAGGGCUUUAAAAACAUGCUGAAAGUGCUUGAGCCACGUUACAAUAUCCCACCGCGCACAUACUUCAUUUUUGGUUCAUUGUUACAUUUUAAAGGAAGGAGAUAUGCCUGUAUAUUGCACUUUAAGUUGUUUUUCAUUAAUAAUUAUGUUGAAAAGAAGAUAUUAUGCCGUAUGCACUACUUCUAUAUAUUUUAAUUCAACCAUUUAAGUGUUUAAUAUACAGACAAAACUGCUUUUUGCUGAUCCGAAAAAUGAUCCGAUCCGUGACUCUUGAUCCGAGGAACGAUCCGAUCCGUGAGUGUUGUGAUCCGUUGCACCACUAGUCAACAGGUUGGAUUUUAGGUGUUUUAUCUAAAGGCACCAUCCCAAAAAAAAAAAAAAACCAUCAACACACCAUUGCACUCUUAACAGUCAGUCAAUCAGUCAAACUCACAGUGUGUUUAACUUUAUUUUAGCAGCAGAACACAGUUUGAAUCUGGGUUUAACUAGCCUGUAGAUAAACUUUACUGGCAGAAAUUGAGAUGGGAUGAAACUGCUGAACUUCUAAUAGAGUGUGCAGGUGUAUGUUGGGGAGGUGUUCAGGCUGAAAGUUUAAGUUCAGCAUGAGUGCAGGACUGCAGUGGCAUGCACAGCUAUGGUGGAGACAGGGAAUCUUGCAGCUCAAAUAGACCAUCUUAUUCAGAGGAUGUGUUUGUCAGGUGAUUGUGACAAUGAUGCAUGACAAAUGUGAAAUCAGUGCAGCUUAAGUUGCCUGUCUUGAAUAGCUCUGAGAUGCUCUUCAUUUGUUGUCAUAGCCCCAGAUAUUACCUCAUCCCAUUGUUAAGUAAGAACCUGAACCUUACUGCCCCACUUAGACCAGCAUUAAAUGUAAGGAUCAAAAGCAAUGGAAGCAUAUGACUUAAGUGUAAAGUCAAAUGUAAUAGCUUGCAAAGUGAAUUUUUAUUGCAUCCCUAAAAACUGUGUUUAGCAGUCUCAAAGGAUGAAUCUGCCAUCUGCAAGUAAUGCGCUGUGAACCGAUGCUAGUAGCUCAUCUUAAUCUGCUGUGUCGAAUCAAUUCAUGCUGACUAACUAGCGUAUCACACUGCUGAUUUGGAGAAGAGUUUUUUCGUGUCAGAAGUCAUCUGUUAAAAAAAAUAUGUUUUUAUAAUCAAAAGUGAAAGAGAAUGUUGGCAUUUCUAUGAGACAUGUUUGUAAGACAUGUCCUCCUGGCAUUUGUGGAGGGGGGACUACUUGCAACAACUUGUAUAAAUUAAUUCUCAAAGCUGAAGAGAUCCAAAUAAUUAUGGAGAGAUGAUGAAAAAACAUUGAUCAGUCAGCUAAACUGUGUUCAAGUAUUGGCGUUGGCUAGAAUUUUCUCUGUCAGUGCAUCCCUCAUUAGCACUGCUUCACAUGGAUUUCUGUUAGAACCACAGUCAUCGUUAACCAGAGAUGUGCAGUUGUAGGAAAUUAACCAGACAAAAGGCAGAACACUCAGAGAGUACUCAAUGUUUCUGCUGUUCCACUUCGUUAAAAGUUGCUCCAAACAAGUUUCUGUCCAGCUCCGCUCUCCACCUGCUGCUCGAAAUGUUUCACAUUUCCUCUCCAACAUGGAGUGAUUCAGACGUCUCUAGGAUGGCACAGGAAUGUGAAUGUCUCCAGAGGGACCAGCUGUUCGCAGUGCCAUGCCUUGUUAAUGUAACAGCCUGAGUAAGAGUCUGCAGUCUGGAUAAGCUCACUGAAGCCUCUGUGUGUUAGACAGCCAGUGAGGGGGUCAGUGAAAACUCAGGAACAGCUGAGAGGAAUUGGAUACCAAGUUGUCUGGAUGGCAGCAUAUGUUGCUACAAAAUCUGCCGAUAUGGGUCAGUGUUAAAGGCACCACACCAGGUGGAUGCAGCUACUCAUGCUGUGGACACUUGUACAUCCGCAUGCUAUCAGGGAUGCUGACUUUGGAGGUGUGUGCUGAUAAGCUUGGUGGUCUCUUUCUUUUUUGGAAGAGGAUUCGUUGUCCAUGAUUUCUCCCACUUUGCCUCAAUCCAUCUUAAAUGUCCUCGGCAUAAAGAAGUCAUUGGUAAUUUAGAAUCAUAUAUUAGAGUCUUGAAUUGCAUUUGUGGAUGCAAUGCUGAAGUGGGUUCACAGACUAUGGCUUCUGGAAGGGGACUUUGAGCCCAUGCGAAGAUUUCUACUUCAGAGUCCUAACUGUUUGAGGGCUAUAUUGUUUGUCUUGCUCUUGUCCCUUUUGUUCAGAUUUCUCCAAGACAGCUCAGGUCCUGAAACUGUACUUUCAAUAAUAAAAUUCCAAGUCUUGUCACUAACUUGUUGUGAGUGAACACAACUUUUUCAGUGUUGUCAUGUUGCUUGCAUUUGAUGUCGAAUUAACAUAUACGUGUUUAAAUCAGAGCUGUAGUCAAAAUAGUCCUCUUGCACCUUGACCUAUACCCUUUGCUCCUUCCCUGUGCAUCAUCUUCUCAUACUUUUAAGGAUACAAAACAUAGAAGCCAACCUCUUGAUUUUCAAAGGGAGGUUUGAGCUGCUCAAAAUUAAGAGAGAUGAUUGAUUGAGGGCAGAGACUGGAGGAGUCAGAGGCUCCUACAUGCAGAGGACGUUAUAAGGGAAGAGUGAUGGUUGCAGGGAGCUGUGACUAAUAAAGAGGUGGGGGAGGAUAGAGGAAAACAGCUGGAUGUUUGGCAGUGGGAGCUGACCAUCCACCAGCUAAGUGCAGAGCAAAGAGAGGGUGUAGAGACAGAGAGGGGGAAUGUAAACUAAUUAGCGAAGGGGAGUGAGGAGUAAAAGCCUGUUGACUUUUCUCUGUCCAGGUUUCAAAGUCCUUCUCUGAUGGUGAGAGCAAAAAUAUCUGUACUGCCUUUUACUAGCACCAUCAGUCAUGUCAGGUAUGUAGCUCAUAAGUUUUCCUGAAUCCUGCUAUUCUGGUCUGCUGGUUGUAAUAGAGCAGCUGACGCUGGAUCUGACUGUGCUGUCAUAAUGAUAUUCUUGGCAGAGUGUUAUGUUUAACUUUUUCUCCCUCUCCUGUCUGAGCAAAUAUGUGUUUGUGAGGGUUCAUGUGUGCUAUACUGUCUCUGUUUGUUUGAUUGUUUGUCUCCGUUUACUGCGUUAUUUACACCGUUGAUGUGACAGCAAACUGUGUCUCCACAUCCGGUCCUAGUGGAAUGUGCCAGGUUGAUGUCACCUAAAGCACCCCCACCCACAGAAAUGGAGGGGGGCUCAUAUUCUCUGUAGAUUUUCAUUGACAUGACACUAUUUCUUCCUGUAAACUGAAUACAUGCUGCUGUUUUCAAAUGGUGGCAAAUAAAAGCAGGGAUUAGAGCUGUUACUUUCCAAAAAAUGUUCUCCACGUUGUACGCAUUCGGUGGAAGAGUAGCUGUGAUGAUAGUCGGCUAAAACACCCCCCGGGUGAGCUAUACAAUCUUCCUACGCCCAAAGGCUGUAUCAAGUGUUAAUCAUAGAAAACAUGAACCCCCUAAUAACUUUUUUAAAUGGAGCUGUACAGAAAAAAAAGAGGACUCUAGCACAAACCAGUCUUACAAUAACUACCUGUCAACAUAACGGGGGGGGGGGGAUUAUAUUCUGUGUGUUACGGUUGUGUGUUUGUGUGUGUGCGCUUUUCCCCUUUUGUCUUCCCAUAGCUGCCCAGGUGAAAUCACUGAGUGCCUAUCAGACUCACCAGGUGCUGAGAGUUUAAGAGCCCAGAGCUGCCUGCACUCUGUAGAGGCAAUUGGUGGGGGAACUGCUGCCCUGCUGCCUCUCAUUUGUGUUGUGGGUUCUUUGUGUUUAGUUAAUUUGUUCUUUUGUUGAACUUUUCAAGGUGUUUUGUUAACUCAAUGGGUUGAAAGGUGAGGAUAGUUGUUAGCCCCAUAGGGUCGCCUUCAGGUGGGGCGUAACACUGUGUGAUAAAUUUCUAAAGUUUGUCCACAGCUCCAUGGGGAUUGCUGGGGGAGGCGGGAUUUAUGAUGUAUACUGCAGCUCGUCACCGGAGGGUGCUGUUCUUAUGGUAGCUUCACCCAGCGAGGAGGCAGACGGCGUCCAUUCUAUACAGUCUAUGAACACAACAGUUAAAAUAACAAUGUCAAGAGCAGCCUAGUAAGACUCAAAAUCAAAGACCCUUAAUUCAGGUAGUGUCAAAUUACAGACAAUAAGAGAGAAUUUUUAUGGCCUUUUAUUUAAACCAUAACAACAUUUGUCUGUCGCUUUUAUCAGGAUUGAAAGCAGCUCUCCUUUAUCUGCAAAAUUACCUUCUGACAUUGUUAUGAAUGUGGCGCCUCACCUGCUACCUCACAGUCGAUCCUGCAUAUUUGUUGUCAAAGAGUAAAAAAGAUGCUUUGUACAAUGUUGACAUACAGCCUUCUUCUUUGUCUUUUAUUUUGCCAUCCAUGUUUUGAACACUUCCUCCUUUUUUUGUUGAAAAACAUCCUUUGCUGCGUCCGAAUUGCCCACUCGCAUACUACAUACUACUGCUACAUACUACUGCUAGAUCCUACUCCUACAUACUAAACACGUUGGCCCAAUUCGGACACACUAGACGAGCGGUGGGGAAAGAUGACCCCCGCAGGCAGAGAGUAGGUACUGCUUCCUUGCAGACAGUUUUAGACUCUUUGAAUGGUAAUUGUGCAAGUGAUGGAUGCUGCUGUAUUAUAUUCCUGCACUGCUUUAGAAAUUCACAAAGUAGCUUUUCCAUUACUUUUAGCCUUCAUUCACUCACGUGGUGAUCGUUUGUUCAAUGAGAUCUGCCUGAUUACUGCAGCUGUGCAGUUUAAUGAUGGAAUAAGUGAGCUUUACCUCCAUGAUGUCGCCACAUGUUUGCUCAUAAAAUGAUUACGUGCGCAAAUAUGACACCAUGACAUGACAAAGAGAUACAACCGCACAUUUUUUAGGACAGUGUGUGAAAGUACAUGAGACUUCUGUACUGUACUUCUAUACAUCUGUACUGCUGCGGUCCUGCCUGCUGCUGCUGCUCCACCAUGGUGCGCGCUGCCGUGGCCAGUCGGUGUUCGCGACGCAUCUAAAUAGGCAGCAGCUGGUAGCGCUAGCAUCACAUGUGCUUCUACAACUUUUAAGAGGACGAAGAAGAAACCUGUGGUGCAUUUUGGGUCAGUAGCAUGUCCGUAGGAUGCACCGCGACCAUACUACAAUGUGGGCGUGUCUAUUAUCUGAAGUAGUAUCUGAAGUAGCAUGCUACUCGCUUCGGUGGCCAAUUCAGACAUGCUAGAUACUACUUCGACUACUACAUGGCAAUUCGGACUCAGCAACUGUGUUACUUUGCUGAGGUCAAGAAUGCAUGCAAUGGUCAGGUUUCACAGAGAGCGCCCUCUGCUGGAUCAAAUGGCAAACCACCUCAGACAACCUGAUGCACUCAUAUAUUAGUAUAUGGUAAAUCUGAACUGCUUGAACUUUUUUACUAUUGAAUUUUGGAUUCAAAGUUAAAGCGCUACUAUUUAUCACGCAAUCCCCCUUUAUCAUGUACUUUUGUGUUCUUUGCUUUUUGCUGUAUGGCUGCUUAAAAGUAGAGAGGAUAGCAAAGGCAGGAUUCAAGGCCAUCAAAGCUUACUUGAGGAGGAGGAGGUUGGGCAUCAGAUUUAUUAGUGUGAAUAUAAUUCUGAUGAGCUGCAGACUUCACUGUGUAUUCUGUAUCUCCUCCUCAGACAGUUAGAGCAUUGCCUCAUGUGGAAGACCUGUUGGCUGCGAGUCAGAUUUCACUGUCCUUUGGCAUGAGCACAAUGAUAUCAUGCCUUUUUAAACUGUAAGCUCAGAAUAGGUUUACAACAGCGGGCAAUCUGCCACUUGCUUUACAUCCAAGGAAGCACGAGUGCUGCCUCUGUUCAGCCUUUCGGUGUAAAAUCUCAGGAUAACUCAGACUCUGAAUUGAAACCGUCUGCUGACAGGGAUUUAAAUACACACCAAUAUUUAUGACUUUUUUCUGGUAACAAUCGGCCAAACAAACUGAAGUCAGUGCACAAUAUGGUUCAGGUCUACAGUGAGUGUAGAGGCCAACACACACACACACACACACACACACACACACACACACACACACACACACACACACACACACACACACACACACACACACACACACACACACCAGCAGAACCACAGCAGCCCUCUUUGCUUCUCUCAUCUGUCCGCCUGCAUUCUUCCCUGCCUCUCCAUAUACGGCUGUAGAGGAAAGAACAGGAGAGAAAAAAAAAAACAUCUCUGAUGUCUAAUCAACCACAACAUAACCUCUGUCCUCAAAGCUACAUGAUGAACUUCUCAAUCAGAGAGCAGAAGAUUGGUCUGAACUGUACUUAAGAUUUCUCAGCAGGUCCACAACCUGCCCCUUUGUACUCACAAGCAAAUGCAGAUGGCACAAUUACCUCAGGAUUUUUUGCUUUCUUCUACUUUUCUACUUACAAGGACCCAACGUAAAGACGGGAUCAGAGUGAACGCAAUCUUAAGAUCAGACCCACUCUCAUCCCAUCUUCAACCACAUGAGUGAAACACUUUACAGGAUUUAUCAAGUUACAGUAGAGAGGAAGAACUUCCUUUAACAGGCAGAACAAAGGAUAGACUGAGGUGCGUUAUCUCUUCAUUGUGUAGAAAUGGAAAUAUUGAGCUCCCUCCUGUUGGUAAGUUUCUUUAGAAAUGGUGGCCUCAAAGGACAAGAAGCUGGUGUAAUGAAUUUUAAGUGUGAUCUUCCAGUUCAUCAAAAAAAAAAUUAUAACAAGUAUUUUAUGGCCCAAAAGGAACUCCUCUACCUUCUUUCUCUUCUUCCUCUUACAAUUAAUGGUUCUGUAAUGUCCUUGUGCUUUAUACAAAAGCAUGGAUUUUACCAGUGACCUUUGUGUACGAUGAUCUGCUCUGUGUAGCUAAAUAAGGCCCUCUCCAGGUACACAGAAACACAAUGAUUUUAAUAGGUUGGUGAUUUUGCAUUUAUUGAAAAAAAGGUUUUGUAAUAUCAUAUCAAACUUCAUUCUUACCAUGUCUGUGCUGGAAGUUAUAGCACACUAGACCUGAAAUUCAGAAAAUUUCAGUACAUUUUAAUUUUCCACCCAUAACUUUUCAUGAAAAUGUCAGAAAAGUUAUCUUGUAAAAUCUGAACAACUGAGUUUUUUCAUUUCAUUCAGACUGUGUGAUGUCACCCUAACAUGAUGUGUGAGUCGAGGUUUGAAGCCUGUGCAGGAGACAAACAGACACAGACAGAAACACGCAGAGAUAAAAGACGACAAGAGACCUAGUGAUUAUACGACACAUCAGACGUCUACUCGCAGACGCUUAUCCUUCCUUCUUAGUCUAUCUUACACACACACACACACACACACACACACACACACACACACGCACACACACACACACACACACACACAAACACACACACACACACACACACGUGCGGUCACACACAGUCACACACAGACAGACCUUUGAGUGCGUGCCAAGAGUUACCAGAAUAGAUAUCAAGUUGUGUCUGGAUGGGUCUUCCUCCGUCUGCUCAAAAGCUCUGCACUCUGUCUCUCUUUCACACUCCUCUUUUUUUUUUUCCUGCCCCCCAUCAAACCUGCUGUUUGUGUGUUUUCACACUCUCUUCCUCUAUCAGAUGUAAGGUAUUGCAGUGAUCUGAUUUAUCACAGGUCAUCAUGCCAGACAUCCUCAAGACAAAUGUGAACCAGUUCAGAUUGUCAACAGGUGUUAAUGGAGCAUCAGAUAAAUCUGUGAUUUUUAAUGCAGUAGCUGGAUGAUUGUGUUUAAGUGCAGAGGUAGAUAACUGUAUGUUUUUGUGUAGGUGCAGAGGUUUACACAAGUGCCUCUUUACUAUAGGAGUGUGUUUGUGACCUGCAGUGUGUUAACUUCAUAUCUACUCGUUGCUCACUUGGCUGGCACCAUCCUGAGACUUGUCCAGCCGCCAGGCAAACACUGGUUUCCUCAGGAGUGAGGAGUCAAGAUUGUGUAUCUCUGUGUAAGAGUGUCCAUGUGAAAGCCUCCUCUGCACUGUUCCCAGCAGGGUCCCUAUCAGCAUCUGGCCUCAUAGCAGUGUCAGGCUGUGAUAAUGAACUGUCUUUAAACAGUGAGAGUAGACUUGCACUGAACAUCAAAAACACUAGCAGUUCCUGCGAUGAGCCUCCCUGUAUGUCUGCUUGCAUGUCAGUCAUUGUGAACUGAAUGUAACUUUGGGAACAUGUAAAAUUGAUGCUGUAAAGACCCACAUGAAAGGAUAUCACCAUUUAGUAGGGCUGGGCGAUAAACCGAAAAUUUACAGAUACAGAAAUUUACGACAAUAACCGAUGUCAUUUUGCCCAUGUAUAUAUUUAUGUUAGGUGUCAAAAAAUAAAUGAAUGAAUAAAUAAGUUUUGGAUGUGUGUAGGUAGGCUAUAGUCUCAUGUCCCUUUAAGACGCUGUCCAACGUCAGAGGCGUGACUCCACCGCAUCAAGUCCGUAAUAAAGAGGGAGAGACAGGUGAGGAGAUGAAUGAUGGUUCAAGAGUUGUAGCGGCUGGAGUGGCGGCUGAAGUAGACCAAGAUAAUGUGGGAGGGGGUGAGCAGCUUGUGGAGUAGUUAUUGCCCAUUUAUCAUUAUCGAGGUGAACUGCUCAAUAUAUUGAUUUGAGCCCAUAUCGCCUAGCCCUACUAUUGAGGCAACAUUGCUGUCUCCUCAGGCACAAAUCAAAAAAUUUGUCAAGCAGUAUGAGUUACCCUGGAAACCUGUUUUCAAAUGACUAGAAGUUUACAUCAACAUGAACAAAAGACCUAAUCCAAACACAUUUUGUCAAUUUAGAUCCAUAGAUUACUUAAAAACUGCAAAAGCUGUAUGAUCUUGCUCAAGUUGUCUUUGAUCUGUCUUACCGUGUAAGAGCAGGGUUUGGAUCCUUCUUCUUUCUCAGGUAAACAACCUUGGUUUCAAUGGGUUGACCUAGAAAGAACUGGUUCUUUCAGCUCCCAAACAGCUCUCGGAGUCUUAAAGCAACAUAUACUGCUUACCUCAGCUUAGAUACUGUCUGCUGCCACAGUGCUGCAGUCCUGUGGUGACUAGAAAAAACAAUAAUGCUGAAAAAAAAUUAAAGUAAAAGGUGUCAGUAAUUAUUUUCAAAAUUACAUAUACAUGAAUUUUUGAUCAAAAGAAACAACAACGGUUAACCUAGAACAGAUGAACAGACCAAUGGAGCAACAACAUACAGGAGGUAAAGAGUGAGCCACCACGAAUCGCCAGAGACAAUCCUUCUACCUACAAUAAAGUCUAACAAAGACUUACAGGAUUGGUUCUUUUCUAAAGUGGGGCUGUAUGAUUAACUUGACUAUAUUAAUAUAUUUUCUAUUUGUUUAUAAAUUGACUAGAAAACCAGCAGCGAGGUGGUCCACCACUGCAGACAGGACCACUUUUGCUCUGAUUUAAGCUAAUUUGACCCUAACCCAACACAUGCAUCAGUUCCAUUUGAGGUCAUUUUAAGCAACAGAUCUUUUAUAUUAUCUGGCUGACACAGUAAAGUGUACAGUUUGUGUAAUAAUGAAUUAAGUCCCUUGUCAGACUGUUAAGAAAAACAUUGCAGGAAAUGAUGCUCUGCUGUCUUUUUCUGGAAACUUUCCAAAACUCAUUAAAUUUCAUCCACAGUGUAGGAGUGUUUUGUAGUGUUGUAAAGGUUACCAUGUGGACUGUAUGGGAGGAGGAUUAGAAACACCUGUUGUGGACAGACCGUGGAUUGACAGCAAAACCCAGUGGGUCCCCACUUUCCUCAUACCAGUUUUCUCAGACCAACCAGAGUCUUAGAGGAGAGUAGAUUCACAUGAAAGUGUUUAAUAGAACGUGUUGCUCCUGCUGCUGGUUGUCAUGAAAGUUUAUAGGGUUUAUUUUAACUCCCACACAUGGCUCCACUGUACAGUAACACUAAGGCUGUAGUGCUGUGUUGUCAAGCUGCAGGCUAGUGGUCCAAAAAAAUGCAGUAAAAUACCACAGUUCUUCUAAUGACCACAAGAGGCUAGCUCCGAAAGUGAGUCGACUCCUUAAGGACCAUGUUUUGGUCCAUAUUUCUCCCUGGUAAAAACAACUGUCAGGGAAUAGAUACUGAAGAAACAAACAGGUUUAGAUUAUAUUGAUGUAAUAUAACUUGGGCUAGCAGCUGUGAGGUCACCUAUGCUAAGUGGAGUAACAAACUCAAAGUUAUCUACACUCCUGUCCAAUCAUGGCCAUUUAUAGUUUCAGUAAUAAAGCUAAUAAAGAAAAAUGGCAACUUCUCAAUGUCAAACUGGGGUCUUCAAAAAUCAUAACCCCCAAACCAAUGAGUGAGGCCAGUAGUUCAACUUUCGCACCAUGCCUCCAUAAGCAGCUUCUCUGUCACAUUCAGAAUACUGAACCAUGAACAUGAACUGUCUGUCACCAAUUUAUUUUUGCUUUUUAUCUUUCAAAUUGUUCCUGGUCUUUGUUGGCCUCUGUAUGACCUGCAUUGGUUAGUUCCCAGAUUUGGCCUGAAGCUGGGGCCUCUUUGUCAGGUCAGAUUUUGGGGCCCCUGCAGAGAGCAGAGCCUGUUAACAUGUGGGGGUGCCUUGAGAUAAUCCCUCCUCUCACUGGAUGUUGUCUCAACAUUGAAUCAGCUCUUGAUCAAGCAGUAGCGGUCUAGAGGGGGGGGUAUCCUUAUCUGGCUUUAUGUAAAUAUUAAUUUUGAUAGUGUGCUUUCAUUGGCUCACUUAAAUUAAACAGAGCAAAACCACGUAGCGUGUCCUUUUUUGAAUUACCCUUCCCUUGCAGUCUGUCUGACCUCCAACAAGCCUGUCUCCACUGUGCUUGUCUUGAUCGUUACAGAAGCUAUAAAAGUGGGUAUACUAAAUUUAAGUAAAUAUGCAAAAAUAGACAAUGCAUAGAACUGUUAUCUAAUAAGUCACAUUUAUGGAGAUCUUUCAAAUCAAAUUUCAAAGUUUUACCCAAAUAUGUUUUCAUUUCUUACAAUCUGAGACUUGUCUUGUACAAACAGGACUGAGUUUAGCUUUAUUUAUCUUAGACUUAGACUUUGGCCCUUAAAGCUCUGACUUUAAAACAUUUGGGAUCAUGGGACCGUCCUUCAACAUAAGCUUAAAUAAUUGAACAAGAUCUCCAAAACCUCCAAGUGUACCAUCAGAUGUACUUGUGUAUCAUUGGUGCAAACCCAACAGCUGGUGCAGUAAUCAGCAUGCUAAGGAUCAUACAAUGUCCUGUUGUUUAUAUAGUCAGAAAUGCAGCAUGAAACUCUCCUUCUGCUAAAGCAUAUUCAAGGUUUCUUUUUUUCAAAUUACACAAUCUGAGUUUAAAGAGAUCCUCUUACUGUAAGGACUUCUGGUUAAAACAUUACUUCAGAGAAACUGGAGUAGUUGCUCUCCUUGGAGUUUUCUUCUAAAUACUGGAUUCUCAAUCAAGUUCAACAUUAUUUUUAAAUACAAGCACGACUCUUCCACCAGCUUUGAUAACAUCUUUUAUUUUCUUGUUCUUCUGCACUAAGAAACAUACCAUAAAGGCGAAAAUGUGUCUAUUGGUAUCCUGGGUAAACCAGACCAAACCUUUCCCUCUCCUGGUCUGCAUUUCAUAUAAAGGAUCACAGAGAAGCUAAUUGCUGCUUAACUACCAGAUUGAGAAAAAAAAAAAAAAAAAAACAUCAAAAUAAAAGCAUGAUAAUCUUUUCUGGACCAGUGUCUGCUCCAGAGGAGUUUUGGUGAGAAGACUGGUGAUGUGAAUAGAUCACAAGUUUUUUUUUUAAAUGGAUCAUGACAUUUAAGGUGAUUACAUGUACUGGUUAAGUUUAUGAAGUAAUGUGUGUUCUCCAUCCUUGUUUGCAUUUCCUUUUACUGUUAUGUCAUGGCCAAGAUAACCGUGAGGUGAAAAUCUGAUAACAUCAAAAGCCCUUUAAGUCCCACGCCGAUGAAAAUCAUAUUUUUUUUGUUGUUUACAUGUUCAUUUUCUGAUGCUACAGGACAUAUCAUGAGAAAAAUAGUAUCUCAGAGUAUUUCUGCAUUCAAAUCACUGUGAAUCUCUGGCAGACCCAAAUGGCAGGUUCAGACUCAGUGAGAUUUCUUAUGUCACAAUUCCAAGCUCCGCCCAAGAGCCCCCCUAUGCAGGUCACACUCUGAGAAAUAGAGGGGACAAUUGCGGAACAAACGUGUGUUAACGGAUUGCAAUGCUCGUAAGAAAGUUAAUUAUGACAUUAGCGUCCAUCAUGUUCCCAAAGACAUUGGUGUCUGAGAACUGGAUAGCUCCUAUGUUAUCUGCGACUUCUGCUGCACCGGCAAUGUUAGGCUGCAAGCCAGUGUGAGGAGGAGUGUGCAGAGAAACACUGUCUCCGUCCACGACUCAGAGGCGAAUCGCUAUUGAGCUACUGGAGCUCUGCAGAAGAAAAGCCCUUGAAAAUAGAACAGGUAAUGCGAUUUUGGCUAAAAACUUCAUAAUCACAAUGUAAAGACCACUGAGAGUAGUAGUAGUAAAAGUAGUAAAGUAAAAAAAAAAAAGAUCGGAGUGGGACUUUAAACAUACUUUGUAUAUACAUAUUUAAUCUGGUUGAACAUUAAGCAUACAAUAUUAAGUGUCUCCCAAAAAAUUUGCAUAUUUCUCCAUGCCAACCGGUCCAAGGCCUUGGUGCCAAAGUGAUAGAGCUCAGUGUGGAUUUGAUUGAUAUUGACUGUUCAUGUCACUAUAGCAGGACUAUGCUUCCACAGAAAAACACAAGACAAACCCUGCACGCUCAGAUCUUGAUUGUCUAGCAGUCUCAUUUCCCACCCUGGAAAGUUUCCUCCUCAGGAAUGAUAAGAGCUUUUAGAUGUUGGGAAGAAGGGCACUGAUUUCUACUUGACUUUGUUUGUCAACUCGAGCUUGUGAAUGGUUUCUCAAUUAAGGAAUGAGGUCACUUUGCACUGCUUUUUCCUGUUCAUUGUCAUUAAUUUCCUGUCCUGCCGCCCUUCCAGUGCUGGCUGCUGUUGUCGGCCAGGAUCUAGACCAAGGCCAUGGCUGUGCCCAUGGAAGUUGUUACCCAGCAACAGGGGACCUGCUGGUUGGAAGAGAGAAGAACCUGAAGGCGUCUUCCACAUGUGGGAUGAGGAGGAAAGAGCCAUACUGCAUUGUCAGUCAUCUGCAGGUCAGUGUGUGUGAGUCAUCAUGUUUGAGCAGAACACUGAUGUUAGGAAAAUUAUACUUCCCUCAGCCCCCACUCUGUCUUUUUGUUCCUCCUGAGAUUUUUGGUUUUCCAUUGACUGGUGAAGUUUUUAACCACAACUUUUUCUGUUCCUGCUGCAGGACGAGAAGAAGUGCUUUGAAUGUGAUUCCAGGCGGCCAUAUGACCCAGUGUACAACACCAUCAAUCACAGGAUAGAGAACGUCAUCACUACCUUUAAACCUCACAGAAAGAAGUCCUGGUGGCAGUCUGAGAAUGGUGAGGAGCCCAGCACAUCCUAUCAAAAUAAAUCAAACAAACGCUUAUAUUCAAAGUUAUGCAUGACAUAGACAUGACAAGAGAAAUACUGACAAAGAUAUAGAGUCAGUGAGCAGUGAUUUACACACCACCUUACUGUGGGCACUGCAGGUGUAGACACUAAAACACACCACAGAACAUGUGUCUUGUUAAUGCUCAGUUUCUAUAGUAGUAGCACUAUCCAGCACAAUGCUGUAGGUGGCAGAUACGAGCAGAAUUGAUCUUUGAUUAAGCUCUAUGUUGAUGUCUUUGAUGCAGCAUCAUGGUGUGCAUGUUUACAUUUUACAGUGGUGUAUUUUCUGCAUUUUUUUUUUUAACAAAUGUGUUUAUUGUCGUUUUAAGCUUUACAUAUUCAAACAUACUUACAAAAUUCUUCGUAUUACAAGCUUUAAAUUCUUUUGUUCCAUAUCUGAGUAAAAAAAUAACAAAAGCAGAAACAGCAUGAACAGAGAACUUAACCGCAAGGUGGUUCCAUGUUCUUAUGACAGUGUCAGAGGUCUAAAAGUUAAAAUAAAACAGUGGAUAAAUAACUAUAAUAUUGAUAGUUACUGUAUGUACAAAUAAGAUUGAAUAGAAUUACCAUGGUGAUUGAAACUCAUAAAAUAACAAUAUAACAGAAAACAAAAAACACACCCUUUUACUUGUAAGGGUCGAAGGCCUGCAGGUGCCCAUAUGAUGCUGAAUCACAUGGAUGUCCUGUAAUUUUAGCCCAAAGUAAGAAAUGAGUGGAUUCCAUCUCUUCUUGAAUAAGGCUAUGUCGAGAUUGAGCUUUGCUGUUAUUUUUUCCAUUGUGUAUGUCUUAAUACAUCACUUUUUGGUCUACUUACAUUGGUCUACUGUUGGGGGUAAUGGCUUACACCAGGACAUAGUUAUCAUCUUUUUUUAUAAGGAUUUUGAGUAGGCACAUUUUUUCUUUACAUAAAAAGUCAUAGGGAAGCACUCCAAGAUCAAACAAAGAUCAGCGGGUCAUACUUUGUGCUAAUUUGUAAGAUGUUAGAAAGCAUUUUCUGCAUUUUUAUCCUGAUCUGAACUACAGAGCAUCCCAAACACUGUUUUUUUUUACCAGUUUAGACUACUAACAGAUACUUACCUUUGUGCCACAGUGUCAACAGGUAGAGGUGAAUAAUACAGGUUUGGGGCUCUAUUUUGCGCAGUGGUAUUUUCGUCUGGCGGCACCCGGUGUACAGCCAGUUUGGUAUUUUUGUAGACUGAGGCACACCGAGGUCCGCAAAGCUGGGCAUGGUGGAGUGGCAGAGGGAGGUGACAACAGAAUCAGCUGGCACAGUGACAUUUUCGUGCUCGCCGCUGGCGUGUAAAAUGCGCUGAAAGCUUGCCGAUUCAAACUUGGUCGGUUUUCCGCACAGGCAGAGCGCAGCUGGUCUAGUGGUAUUUUGGUAGACUGGCAGCAUAUCGGCAUACGUCACCGAUGCCUCACCGGCAGGUUUCCACAGUGUCAGGCACAUUUUAGUGCAAUAAAUAAUCAACAACAACUAAUAUUCUGAGUCAGCACAUACAUUUAGAUCUAUGGAUAUAUUCUGAUCUAUAUCUGAUCCACUCACCAAAAUACCAAAUUGUGCUUGGGAACGCCUUGUCGGCGCGGCGGACCUGACUUACGCCGCGCCUGCGCCACAUCUCCUGCGAGGCACGAAAAUAGAGCCCUUGAUGUGAAAUGACAAGUGUGAUCAGGCUGUCAUUAAUGUUACUUCUGUGGUUGAGAAUUGAUUUUUUAACUCAACUGAAGAAUACCUAAAAAAUAUAUAAUAUUUAUAUAACUAAGUAAUUAUAUUAAUGGAAUGAAAAAGAUAAAUCAGUGCUAUGUAACGAACAUGCAGAAACUGUAAAAUACUGGAUUGAAAACAUGACUAUCCAGUGUGUGAGAGAAAAAAUCAAUACAGCAUAGUAUCGCGAUAUUUUGUCUUGUAAUAUAUCGUAUCGUCUCAUCCACCAAGUAUGGAUUUUUUCAAAUGAAUUGCUGGUAUGAACUUUAUGAUAACGGAAUAAUAAAAUCAACUGUUUUUCAAGUGAGGUUGUAAGAGGUGACAUCAUAGAGCAGGAAAAAGUUAGUACAACAAACAGCAACUGGCAAGGGACAUCAGGAGUGCAAGCAGGGCACAAAUGAGAUGGACACAUGAGGUUUGCAAGAAGUGCUACAUGAAAAUAAAAUACUGUGUAAAUGACACAAACAUAAAGGAAAGGCAAAUACUGAAUUUGCUGAGCAGUUGAAAAAAUUGUACAAAUCACAAUAUAUUGUAUUGCAAUACUCAUUGUAUUGCACAAUGUUUGAAAUCGCAAAACGUGGCCCCAGUAUGGUGAUAAUAUUGUAUCGUGGGGCCACUAGUGAUUCCCACCCUUAUUAAAUAUUUUACGAUUGCUUAAAUAUAGGAGCUCCUAUUUUCACUGACCCUUCACUUAAAACCAUAAUAACUGAUACAAACCUCUCCAGGAUGCUCUCAGGACGUGCUCAUACAGAUUGUUUUAAAUAGAUCCUGUCACCUGCCAAGGAACUUAAUAUGGACUCUACUUAUAGGUUAAUGGACAGAUGGAUAGAAAAAAGUGAAGGUGCUUAAAGGGAAAGCUUGUUAUGUGGAGGAGAUAAAAAACAUAGAAAAAGAAUAAGAUCUUUGAAGUAUAUUUAAACCACCAUCUGUAAGAAAGCGUUCACUGAAGACAACUUUAAAAACAGAGUUACGUUAACACAUGAACACACUCACAAGUACUCACGCACACACACGCUGUGGCCAACAACCCCUGACCAGCGACAGAUGGGCUUAAUAACAGAGUAGGCCCUGAACUGGCAUCCUAAAAGAGAGAGGGAGAGGGGUGAUGACAGGGAGAGGAGGAAAGUAAAAGCUCUAAUGGAAAAAUUGAAGAGAAAGUGGAGUGAGUAUUUCAGGCAGUGCUGGAAGUGAGGACAAGGAGAGGGACUGAUUUGAACUGAUCCCUUUUAAAGAACAACGACAAUGAGAGACUGUGGAGCUCUGUGCAGAGACACCAGUUAAUCAGGAGGCUCAUUGAAGCUGUUUGUGAGCUGUGUUACUUAAUGCAGAGCUGUUUAUGACAGUGCUGACCAGAAUAGGACAGAGAGAAACAGAAGAAGAAGAAGAAGAAGGGGGACAGGAAGUGUCGUUGCUAUUUUUAUUUCUGGUUGCUACUGCUCCUCCGAGGCAUUUCUGUGGCAUUUCCAUGAUGGCGACGGCACAGUACGCCUAUUAAAUAUGGACUACAGUGGUUUGAUUGUCCACAUUUAUUAAAAUGAAAAGGAGUUUCCUAGCAUUACAUUCAUACAUGACAGCAUUAUGAGGCACUGGGAGUGAAUGCAGAACAGGUGCAUUCUGUGGAUGUGCCUUUUCCUAUUACUUUUACAUGUGUCUGACCUGCUAAACAAACUUUCCCGGUCAGUGAGGCUUGAAUAUCCAGAGUUCACACUUUGUUUGAAAUAAGUUUCUUCUAAACCUCUGGUACAUUUAGCCAGGUAGAGGAUGGAUCUGAGUGUUUGCUGUUGCAAAAGGAUUCCUUACACACUAAAACAAGUUUUGCAUUAAAGGUACACUGUAUAGAAAUAGGAAUAUUUAGCAGUAUUUAUUAGUCAGGUUUUAGUUUGAAAUGUGCCCUUGCUCACCCCUCCUGCUGGUGACAGUACACUGGCUUUAGAGGACCUGAGAUGCAUUACAAUUAUGAGCCUCAAUUUGUCAACACAUUAUAAUGCACAAGAAGUCAAAUAUGAAUAAACUUCAAUCACCAAGUUAAGCAAUCUGUGUUUAAGAUAGAAAUGCUACAUUAUAUAACUUACCUUAAAGGGAUAUUCCAGUGUUCCAAGUUGAAGUUAUGGUCAAACGCACCAUAACACAGAGUUUGUUGACACCCCCUCAAGAAAUGAAUGUUGCUGACUGCUUGCUUCUUUAGUUUAACCAACUUCAGCAACAACCAUAUGAUAGCAAUAGACAGUGGUCUAUGUCUCCAUGCGCAAACCUACUGAAAAAACACUCUAUAGCCACAAAUAAUGCUCAGAACAGCACCUCACUUCAUCAACAGAACAUGUAGGGUCCCAGCCGUAGUACUAGCUAUCAAACAUCUUUAUAGCUUUGCCUGAUUUCUUUGGCAAAGAGACUAAACACAACUCACCCUCUCUCUUCCAGCAGCCGCUUGUUUGUGGGGGAGCCCUGACAAGUUGAUAUACAAUUAGACUGAGACGCUAAGGCAGAAGAAUUACUGCGUCUGCAGUACCAAAGGGAUUAUUAUGAUGAUUAUUACUUCAAGGAAAUGAUCCGCUGCACUGAUCAACUCGUCAGGGCUCCCCCACAAACAAGUACAUAUGGCUGGGACCCUACAGUUUAUGUACUGUUGAUGAAGUUGGGUGCUGUUCUUGCAAUAUUUGUGGCUAUAGAGUGGCUUUUUGGUUGAGGUUUGCACGUGGUGACGUAAACCGCUGUGUAUUGCUAUCGUUGGUGUAACUAGCAAGCGGUCGGCAGCAUUCAUCUCUCGAGGAGGUGUUUAACUCAGUGUUACGGUGUGUUUGACCCUAGCUUAAUUUUACGCCGGAAUAUCCUCUUAAGUGGCAUAGAAGGAACAUCCCACUACACCCCUGAUUAUAAUUAAAAAAAGAAAAUAAUAAUAAUAACUAUAGUAAAGUAAACCAUUAAAGAUAGAGAAUAAUACACUCUACCAAAUCUCCUCUGUGCUCUCUGAUGGCUCUGUGCCACAAACAUGCACACUUACAUUCCCUCUGAGCGUCUACCAAAGGACACUAAGUUAGAUGUGUGCAGGCAGAUACAUUUGAAUAAACAUGUAACUGAGAGGGCAUAAAAACAUGUUCUCCCUCAGAUCUGUUUUUCAUCUUCAUGGGGUAUGAAAGAGCUCUUUUGUGGUUUGUCUUAAAGUCAACAGAUUAAAGUCAUCGUGUGCCGUAGUGUUGAGUUAUAUCAUAAAAUAAUGGAUGUGGUGCCGCUUUGAAGCUUAAAUUGGAGAAAAUUCCCUUGACUUGCUGCACAAGUGACCAUUAGUGAAGAGUCACUUUACAGUAUUAUGUUCUCUGAAGGUUUCAGGCUCACACCGACUCCUACUUUUGCGAAGACUUGAAACAUCAAGCUGAAAAUGCAGUUACUUCAACACUCACUAUGAUUGAAUAAUUAACUGAAGGAGGUAAACAGAUUUGAACUUAUUCAUUAUAACUUUUUCUUUGUUACCCCUCCAGGAAAGUCGGAUGUCCAUAUUCAGCUGGAUCUGGAGGCGGAGUUUCAUUUUACUCACCUGAUCAUGACCUUCAAGGUGCAUUCACAGCUUUUUUUUAAAAACUUGUUGACCUGUUUUAGUAAGGAUCUAAAAACAGUAGCACCCUUCAUCUUGUACUCUGGGGUAGUUCAAGUAAAUAUUGUAUUUCAUCAUCCCUCUGCUGUAGACUUUCCGUCCAGCUGCCAUGCUUAUUGAACGGUCUGCAGACUUUGGUCGCACCUGGCAGAUCUACCGCUACUUCUCCCAUGACUGCUCCACCACCUUUCCUGGAGUAUCCCAGGGUCCUUUACGCAACAUCAAUGACGUCAUCUGUGAGUCACGCUACUCUGACAUCGAGCCGUCAACAGAGGGAGAGGUGAGACUCUGACUGAAGGAGUUGGAACUUUGGACUUUUUCUAGCCUCUUUUACAUAUCCAGAGCUGGGUUUGGGUCAGGAGUUGAAUCUUGGGAUGCACUACACAACAUCAAAAAGCACAUGAUGAAAGCCACAGCAUUAUAUUUACAAAAUGAUAGCAGACAAAGCAACAGAGACCUAAUGUUUAAGGCUUCACUCUUGUGGAAGUUUCACUGAGCACGCCAACCUAAAAAUACAGUCAGUCAUCAUGCUCUAUAAGUAGAUGUUUGUUUGAUUAAUAUUUCAUUAUUUUAUCAUGUAUGUUUACUUAUGUUCUGACUUAGGUGAUCUACAGAGUGUUGGACCCUUCCAUUAGGAUUCAGGACCCAUACAGCCCCAGCAUCCAAAGUAAGUCUGUCAUUGUUUCAUAUUUCUAACAGGAGACUGAUGCUGAACAUGAGGCCAGGUUUAGAGCAAUGCUGGACAGCUAUUACACCUCUUUAUUUUAGGAUUUGUUUUUUGGGGUUCAUACAGCUUCUGUAGUAAAGGCUAUUAAAUACUGCCUGCAUAUGUGUUAUUUUGCAAUCCAUUUUGAAGGAUCAGCGUUUUUGUGCAGGCAGAGGGCUACACAGAGUUAUGCAGGUUUAUAUUCAGUAGUUCUUCAGUUUAAUACAGGUUAAUGAACAACAGAGGUGAAACUGUUCUUGUCAUAAACAUUAAAGCUACUGUGGGUUUUUUUUUUUUUUUUUGACACAAACUGAACCCAUAUCCUGACUGAUAGAGUUUUCUGCGAUUUAAAAGUAAUUUGUUUCCUUACACCACAUCAUGUCUCACAGACUACUGAGGUUACAGGGCAAUUAGUUCUGGCUAGUUUUGUCACUUUGGGAAUCUGCUAUCAUCACAUUUUUGAACUAUGAAUGGGAGAACGCUCAUGCCAGCCAGACCUGAGGUUAAUGGACGCCCUAACAAAGAAAUAAGCAAAUGCUGUCUGCCAAAAGCACAUACUGAAACCAAAAUCAAACUGCUGUCCAUCAGCUGUUUGAAAGGGCCCUACCUGUCCUUGUACCCAGCAUAUGGACUCAGAGAGAGUUAGAAAUGAGUUCCCAGUGAUUAAGCAGAUGUCAAAAUAGCACAAAGAAAUUAAAGCGCCUUUUGGGAAUCACUGCGGAUACCAGCACACUUAUUUUUCAUACAGACGUUAUUUUCUUUUCAUCUGGGAAGGAAAGAAGAUUGACAACUAACAGGAGGACAUGAAAGUGCAGAUGAUAACAGUUCAUUACAAGUCAUGCGAACUUCAAGAAGUUUAAAAGAUCAACUUCUGUGGGAUGUUUUCAAGUGAAGCGAACCUCAAAGAAGCUGUAAGUGUGUCUUCCCUGGUCAUGAGAACCACCUAAAGGCUUAAGUCUAGAAUGAACGUUCAUAAGUUCUCUCUUAUUGUUUGAUACCCCAAAGCUGCUCUACCAUUCUGAUGUAAUUUUAUCUCUAAAGUCUGGAAGCUGCAGCUACAUUUGUCCCCAUAAAUCAAACUCCAGCUGACACACUCAGCUCUUGUUAUCUGGCUGUGACACAUUACGGACUGAAACAGGCCGUCUCUUUGGAGUGUGAAGCACGACCCCGCUGUGUGGAAGACAUGAAGCGAUGUUAAAAGCAGCUGUUCACUCCCACACAGCCUCACUGUGCUGACCCUCAUGUUUAGACUGGCAGGACAUGAGAGCUGUUCCCAGAAACCCAAGCUUGAUUUCUGAUGCAGUAGAGGAUGUCUUGUUCUGCUGCUAAAUAUCUCACUGUUAGUGGUCCGCGUGAAGACCCCCGACCCCUCACAGCUGAACAAUUCAUAUUUAGUGUUAGCUGCUGUGAAGACAACCGGUCAAUAUCCAGGGGGAUUCUGCUGGGCUCAUAUUUUGUAUUAAGGUCUGCCUCAUUUGAACGUGGCUCUUAUGCCCUGAUGUUAGCCUAGCUGGCCUACUCUUUUCUCUGUAUAUACUAGUCUACUUUGAUUGGCCGAUCUUAACCAUAUUUGCUGCUCUAGUCCUUGCCUCACUAAUCCAUAAUAAAAAACUGAUACACCCUCAGAAGUAGCAUGCAGGGGAAAAAAAAACAUUAAAAUCUAAAAUCUUUUAGACUUAAACCUUUAAUAAUUCCUCCACAGGUAAUCUCCUUUCUCUAGAGAAAAAGAUUAAACUUCAAGAAGCAAAAACUUCCUCUCAGUUGAAGAACUGAGGAGAAAUGUAGUGCUUUAGUGCUUUUGGAUCACAUUUCUGGUAAUUUUUAGCCCUGCAAUAUGGGAGCCAUUGUCUUCAAUCUGUUCAAUUUGUGAUGUCAUCAAUUGGUGGAUCUCCCAUAAAGUUAUGUAAUAUUCACCAAAUAAAGACAUCCUGCCCUGUUCUCUGUUGCUAUUUCAGUUAUUCCUUAUUCAAAUUUACAUUCAGGGUCCAAAACAUCGAGCCAAACUUUAUAAUUUGUCAUUUUAGAAGGAGAAACACUGGUUGAUGCACUGACAGUGACUAAAGCAGUGGAGGAGGCUUCCAGAGAGCUAGCUAGUCUGAAGAAAGUGGGCCCUUGGGGGGCAUCGACCCCUCUUGAAUUUAAUGCCUCACCAAAAUCGUCAGCUACGGCUAGUGGUAUGCCUUGUUCAGUGGCGGCUGCUGGUCUUUCAAUGAGGGGAAGCUCAUUUUUCUGGCCUACAUCAUAAUUGUAUUUGUUUAUUAGUAUGUAACAGAACAGAGUCGCCAAACACAACGGCAGUCGUUUUUAACAAAGACAAAAGUCGCUGAGGAUCGGUAAAGUCUCCGGAGCAGUUAAGAACAACGGAAUGAAUGACUUGGAAAAUGCUCUGGUAGAUGUUUUAUUCUUCAAGAUCGCUGAUUCGCUUGUUUAGCUGUCAAUCAAAAAAGGAUUUGGCCUCAGACAGCUCAUCCAAUCAUGGAUGCAGAAGCUUGCAGUCCGGGAGAAAGUUGGGACCGCCCUCUCGCCAUAGAACUCCAGUGAAGCUUAGCUUCCAUUGGGCGGGACAAAGCCCAGCAUUUAUCCAAUGAGCGUCUAGUUUCGCUGCUGGAACAACCCACUUUUAGCUUCCACAUUGAAGUCAGCAGAAGCCCAGCGUCCGGCUGUUUAAAGCGCUGAGGCGCUGCGAGGAUGAAUGAGAACGAAGUUAUGCCGGUUACCUAUAAUUAUCAGCUUCUUAUCACAGUGUCUGAACAAAAGAUGAAGGCUUUCUAGUGCGUAUUUAGUUAAUGAAAUGUACACACAGCAGUACGUAUUUCACCACUUUUUCUUUUUUUUUGGGGGGGUGACAUUUUAAGGGAAGUCGAGCUUCCCUUGCAGUCUUAGAGCAAUCGCCACUGGCCUUGUUAGAGGCAGAAAUAUGAAGGGUGUGUUGACAGUCUAGGGUUAGCUUUCUUUUUGUUUGAAAUGUUGCACUUGUUCUCUUUGAAUGCCUUUGUGAAUAUGGACAAACAUUUUCUUUUUAAAUCUUUAAAGAGUUAUGCUUACACACAAACACUGUACCCCUGUCACCCCCUUCUUUCAUCAGUGCCCCAGCUGGGCCACCCCACCCCAGUCAAAAAACUCUUGACACACCCCCGAGUGAGAGGCCUUAAAGAGGCAGUAGCUAAAUAAAGCAUUUCAGACUGAAACUGUAAUGAGGAAAAUGAAAACUUUUUUAGCUUUAUAUUAUGCAAAGCCACUGCAGAGGUAUCAGACAGACAAUAUGAAGCCUAAAUAUAAGCCCCUCUUCUUUAUAGAGGUUACAUUCCCAUCAUGAGAGGAGACUAUAAUGAUUUGGGGCUUUAUUUUCGUGCCUCCCCAGAGACGUGGCACAGGUGCGGCCUAAGUCAGGUCCGCCGCGCCGACAAGGCGUUCCAAAGCAUAAUUUGGUAUUUUGGUGAGCGGUGCAGCCCGGCAUAAGUAUCCCCCCUAGUAUCCUUCCUAACUCAGCUCCUCCCAGCAGCGUAAGUCGUAGGGAGGGAGGAGAGAGGGUGUGGAGUGGAUUUAACACAGCCAAGAAUCUGAUCUCUUUGACUACUACGUGCAGUAGUCAAAGAGAUCAAGAGAUGUCUGAAGACAGUAAUGCCACAUGAUGGCGACAGAAGGCAGCCCCCCAACAAGUGUCGCUGUAAACGCUGCAGAGGGCGUCCUUCACACUCUCUCAUAUAAGCACAGACGGAUUUGGUGUGUGUACUGUUGGACCCACUGGUAAGACAAACACCCUUUUCCACAAAUAAAUACACUCACAUAAAGUUGCAUAUAUUUAAACCUCACGUAACAAAGGUGGGUUGUGCACAGAGAUCACAUCAUAAAUUCCAAUAAUGCUAUUAAAAUCGGAACCAUCUGUGUGUAAAUGACGCAUCACGCUCGGCCUCGCUCUUUCUUUCAUAGAUGUUGGCAUAUAAAAUACAUUUGGCUCACAAAACUGAAUAUUAUAAUAUUUGUAUGUAGGCUUAAGGUAAAUAACUCAUCUGAUCAUUAAAACAAAUCGUCUGUUCAGCACGAGAAAUAAGAUGAAGAGGAAGAAAGAAAAGGAGGGAGACAAAUUAAAUAUCUUGGUAACUUCAUCAUAUGUGUCUAUUUACUAGAUAUUUAAUUUAAUUUAAUGCGGUUUCAGCUGUGUUGAUUUGGUCAGGUUGUGUGUCCAAACGCGUGCCAAACGCGCUCAUCAGAUCAGAUAUAGAUCAGAAUAUAUCUAUUUAGAUCUAAAUGUAUGUGCUGACUCAGAUUAUUAUUUGUUGUUGAUUAUUUAUUGCACUGAAAUGUGCCUGACACUGUGGAAACCUGCCGGUGAGUCAUCGGUGACGUAUGCCAAUAUGUCGCAGGUCUACCAAAAUACCACUAGACCAGCUGCACUCUGCCUGCGCUGCUGCUGCCGCCAGCUGAUUCUGUCAACACCUCCGUCUGCCACGCCACCAUGGCCAGCUUGGCGGACCUCGAUGCGCCUCAGUCCACGAAAAUACCAAAGUGGCUGUAGGCCGGGCUCUGCCAGAUGAAAAUAACACUGCGCAGGGUCCGCCACCCUCCGCCGCGUCGCCGGCGGACACGAAAAUAGAGCCCUUGAUGUCCAGAGACAGAUUCCAGACCUAAGUCUACACCUUGUGGUUAAACACAUGGGCUAAUGCUUAACUAGCAGCGGUUACCAGCAAACAUGGUGUUAAAAAUAAAAUAGAAUCACAAUAGAGAAACAGAGCAGUCUAAAAAGAAAACCCGAACAAAGUGCUGAGAUUUAAAGGACUCUAGUCUCCCAUGUGUUGUGAAUUUUGUGACCUGUCAUCCUGUUGUGACAAAUAUAGUCACACACCUUAUUUUUAGUCAUAAUAAAUUCCACUCAGAGAUACACAGUUAGAAAAAUAGAAAUGAAAUUUAAAUUCUGGGAAUGAUUCAAACUGUAGUUUUUUUUUUUUAGAUUGAAUUAGUAUAAAGAUGUCCACGUUUUUUUCUUCUGUUUUUUUCUUUUUAAAGAAGAGUUGUCUGUCAGAGGAAUCCAUUCAUACAAACUUUUGGGAAAUUUAUAACUUACUGUGCAUUAGUUUAGAUAACAGUAGCUGUUAUCCUUGACUUUUGAAAAGGCCUGUCUUCUCUGUUUUCCUCUUUUUGUGUGAAUCAUCAUGGUUUGAGAUUUCUGAAUCAUUUUCCUUGGAAAGAUACAAGGAUGAGUACAGAUGAUGAGGGGGUUGUUGAGAACUACUGCUGAACAGCUGGACCAUAUUAAAGGGGAUGUUGUGACCACAGUUAUUCCAGCAAAUUGGAAAAAGUGGAAAGAUUGAUGAAUCCCUCUCUAGAGGGGUGUUAUCUUUCUUCCACUUUGGUUCGAGAGCGCAGAGGCCGGAUGUGAGAGCAACCUUUUCAACGGCACACUUUUAUUUUUCAUCCAUUAUUUCUGGACCCUCUUGGUCUUGUACUUGAAACUGGAGACAGGAUUGAACAAACUUGACAUUUUGAUUAUUUUGCUCAUACUGAUCCAGCUGAGUUAUAAAUGAAGUGAUUGUAACAUAACAUAAAUACACUUAAAUUAAUUUUAUAGGUGAUAUCUGGUCUAGUGUCGCAUGUGAUAACGUUGAUUGCACUGUUUGUUGUGUUUGAUUGGAAGAUUUUAAUGCUGUGUUGAAAAAUCUCACCAGUUGGACAAAAUUAUCAAGUAAUUACAUGAGUGAUCACAAGCUGCCCGAAACCUCAGAGGUCUAACUAAUCCUCAGUCCAUCACAGAUCAUUAGCUGUUGUUCACCCAUAAUCCUUUGCCUCAUUCUUGGCUCUGCUUCACCAGCGUUAACUUCCUCUUCUUGCUCGAGCAGAACUGCUUAAGUUCUGAGUGUUUAUUCAUUUGGGUAAUGAAUGUAUAUGAAACAAACCAACUUGUACCAUACCAGCAGUCAACAGGCUACCAGCAUAUAUAACAGAAACCCCCCAAAACAUAUCAGUGUUCUUUUCCUUCUCUCUUAUUCUCUGUUUGUCCUCUCCUCAUCAGACCAGCUUAAGAUCACCAAUUUGAGAGUUAACUUCACAAAGCUUCACACACUGGGGGACAACCUGUUGGACCCUCGAGCUGAAAUCAAAGAAAAGUAUUACUACGCCAUGUAUGAGCUCGUCGUACGUGGAAACUGCUUCUGCUACGGCCACGCCUCUGAGUGUGCACCCAUCGAUGGCAUCAGGGAUGAUAUAGAAGGAAUGGUAAAUAUAAUAUUUAGAGUCUUGGUUUUCAUUUGUGCUUAAACUGCUUUAUCUAACCCUUAUUUCUCUUUUAAAGGUUCACGGCAGGUGUGUUUGUAACCACCACACUAAGGGUUUGAACUGUGAGCAAUGUGAUGACUUCUACAAUGACCUGCCAUGGAGACCAGCUGAGGGACGCAACACCAACGCCUGCAAGAGUGAGUGCAGAGGAGAAAGGAGAAAGCAUUAGAUUGUCACAGACUUGUAAUCCAAAAGUUUAAAAAGCAAAGUGAUAUUAUCUGCUGCACUAGGUUACAUCCUCAUCUGUGUUUAUUGUAAAUUCUGUUUGCGUAGUUGACCUUGUUUUGUGCUUAAGCCUGUAAAAUUUUUGAUGUAGCUCAACAAUCUUAGUGUUCCAUUUCAUCAAUUAUUCAGUUUGAGUUUUAGUCACCUUAAACCAGCAUUGCUAGCAGCAGCCAGACAACAAAAACAGCACUGAUGAAAGAUAGACAAAAUCAUUAGAAAUGACUUAUCCCAUUCAAACAAGUGUCCUUUUUUACCAGAGUGUAACUGUAACAGCCACUCCAGCAUGUGCCACUUUGACAUGGCGGUGUAUUUGGCCACUGGAAACGUCAGCGGAGGAGUGUGUGAUGACUGUCAACACAACACGAUGGGACGCAACUGUGAGACGUGCAAACCUUUCUACUACAAAGACCCUUUUAAGGACAUCAGAGACCCACGGGUCUGCAUAGGUGAGUGUGUUUUGCUGUGUUUUACAUCGAAGUAUCAUCUGAGAAUAACUGAAGACCUAACUGAAGGCAUUAUCUGGAGGAAAGGUGUGUGAUGUCACUGCAGUGGCAUUACUGCAUGAGGGACCAGGAACCUCAAAAGGAAGUUAGAUAAUGUAGUCUGGCUUUACUUUGGUUCACUUCUCGGCAUAAAAAUAGACUCAGUGACUGUACUUGACUCUACUUCUUCAAGUUUCUAUAAAAAUGUUAAUGUCUAAGCUUUGCAGUAGCUUUACAAUACAAUUAUUUUUGCAGUCUAGGUAAGACAUAUGCUGUUUCUGAAACCAGAAACCAGACGCUGUAGCUCUGCAGAAUUCUCUCAUUUAUUUGUCCCAUGCAUUCCGCAAAGAGACUCUGAUCCUGUGUCAGUCCUAUAAGUCCCACUCCAAUUAUAAUUUAUUUAUACUACUUUAAGUGCUAUCAGUGUUCUUAAAGCUGUGAUCAUGAUAUGUCCUGUUGCAUCAGAAAAAUGCCAUACGAACAUGUAGACAACAUGAAAAACAUGAUUUUCAUCAGAGUGGGUCUUUAACAAAAACCAUCACUCUCUAAAACAGUGUUUAGGUUUUGGUAAAAACACGAUCAAUUAUCCUCUUUUUUGUUUUUUUUUUUCAAACUGACCUGAAGGCGGCCCUAUGGGGCUAACAACUAUCCUCAUCUUUUGACCCAUUAAAUUAACAAAACACCUUCAAAAGUGUAACAAGUGAUUUAUUCUGACCAAAUAACAAAAUUACGAACUAAACACAAAGAACCCACAACACAAAUGAGAGGCAGCAGGGCAGCAGUUCCCCACCAAAUGCCUCUCCAGACUGCAGGCAGCUCUGGGCUUUUAGACUCCCAGCACCAGGUGAGUCUGAUUGGCACUCAAGUGAUUUCACCUGGGCAGCUAUGGAGAGACAAAAGGGGAAAAACACAUGCAAAACAAACACACAGCCGUAACAAAACUCUUUCACUUCUUGUUUGAGUAGAAGAAAAAAAAUGAAUCAACAAACCCUUCCUUUGGUAUAAUCCUUUGCACCAGUCUAAAGUAUAUUGCCAGGUCAGUUGCCACAUUCCCUUUAACUUCACUGACUAGAAUAAAAGAGUUUUAUUUAAUGACAAAGUUUGUAACUAAUUUGCACCAUGUUUAAUUAUACCCAUUUUGCAAGAAAGUAAAAAAAAUUGCCGAAACUCUCGAUCAUUUCUAACUUUGUCAGGUAUCCUGAAUCUGAGACGUUUCAGCCCAUCUAAGGGUUAAGAUGUUCAUAUGUACUUCAUAAUUUAAAGAAAAGGUCAUUUUCCAUGAGGCGAUGCCCACCACAGCUCUGCACCCUUUUCAAGCACAGUCGUAUAAAUUGUGCAGUCAAUGCUAGUCAGUAAACAGACAUUUCUUGAUUCUAAUUUACAUGCUGUUGUCCUAAGAAUGACCUUGCAGUCCAGAGUCCCAGCAAGUGUAAAUUUUUUAGCAUAGGCUGUUUGUAAGAAUGAGCAAAUACAACAAACAGACAUGACAUUAACUUUGAUAAGGGUUGAUGAAUGUUAAAAACGGGGGUGUUAGGAUCCUGUUAGUCUAAUCACAUUAAAACUAAAACACAAUUUAAACACAACAUGACAAUUCCAUGCGAGAGCACAAUUUCACAACAUAUUAACCAAAGUGAUCUAAGCGUGGGAAUGCUCUUAAAUCCACCAUAACCUGCCUCCUCCGGUCUUCCCUGACACAGCUUGUGACUGCGACCCCGAUGGUUCAGAGAAUGGAGGAAUGUGCGACAGCCACACCGACCCUUCCCUGGGCAUGGUGGGAGGUCAGUGCCGCUGCAAAGCAAAUGUUGAGGGGCCGCGCUGUGACAAGUGUAAGACCGGCUACUUUGGUCUGAGUGCUGACAAUCCUCAGGGAUGCCAACGUGAGUACAGAGUCUUUUACAACUCACACUGUGUUGCAGAAAUGUCACAACAACUAUGGUUUUCUACUCCAAGACAAGGCAGUGUUUGUGUGUUACCUAAAACAGGAAAAGAAAACUCACAUUUCAAAACAAUUUAAUCUUAGUCAGGAUUUCCUUCAGUCUUAUUUCUAUUAAACUGGGUCUUAUAUGGACUUAUUUAAGCACGAAUGCCUGACAGGUCCAUAAAAUGGCUGUUAGAUAGGAUAUUAUGUGCCAAAAAUAAAAGUUUGAAUAAAACAAAUAGACCAAUAGAAUAAGAAAAACUACAAGUAUUUCAGGUCUUAUUUUUCGGUGUGUAUUGUCUUAAAAGAAGACAUUUCUAGACUUGCUAUGUGGAUGUGGCUUAGAUCAAGCCUUAUAAGACAUCUCUUACUAGAAAUAAGACAAUAACACGUGCUAAGAUUUGAGUUUUUGCAGUGUACCUCCUAGCAACCAUGCUUCUUUAGGUUAUGGUUGUACUGAGAGUGAGUGAUGUGACCUGUCUCCCAUUUGAAGCUGCUUAUCCUCCAUUUUAUCUGAAAUAUUUGUGACUGUAAGAUGAUAAAACUUUUUAGUGAGAGUUGAGGUAAACAAACACAUAAAUGUUGUAGCUUGUUUCUUAACCCUUCAUUUACCUUACAUCAAAAACUUUUCUAUUGUGUUGCUGUAACUCAUUAUCUUUCCUUGGGGAAUCUCACCAAUGUUGCUGUCUGUGUUCUGCCCCCAGCUUGUCGCUGUGAUCACAGAGGAACAGUGUCAGGUAACUCCCAGUGUGACCCGGUCAGUGGAGACUGCUUCUGUAAGCGUCUUGUCACUGGACGCAGCUGUGACCAGUGUUUGGUGAGUAAGUGGGACAUAAACCUUGUCCUUUUGCCCUGACAUUUGUUUCCUUGAAAGAAAAUGCUCAAAUAUUUGUCUCUGUCAUUUGUACUUUUUCAUCCUGUCUUUAGCCAUAGUGGUGUUAAUAUGAGAGGGACUGAGAGCCUCUUUUUGGCCACUCUGUUUGCUUGGAUCAUCCUUACAUUUUACCUAACAGCCCCAGUCUUCUGUAUCGGUCUCCUUUUGCUUCUAUAUCAGUGCGGCUCACUUUCUCUCGACUCUGUAUUUCUUUCUCCUGUUUUCCUCCCACCCCUCUGGUGAUCAGCUCCCUAUUAUAAUUCAGCCUCUUGUCCCAAACCUACCCAGCCAGGAAUAGUGUAGGCAGGAAUGUGAGCUCCUGCCUUGGCACCAGAUCUAAUUUUAGUCCAGGGAUUUGUGGCUUGUCCGGUAGGUGUGGGUUACAGCUAGCCUAAAAUGGUCAGGGGCCUGGACCUGCUCCCAAAGUAGAGCCUGUCCUCUGAUAAUCUCUGUGGAGCCUCUUUUUAAAGUCUCAGCUAACAAAUUUGAGAAAGUUUCCAAAACUGUUACUAAUUUAUAAAGUUUUCAUUAAAACAAAUGGUGUACUUUAACAUGAUGCCCCAUCACAGAGGAGUACAUGUUAAUGUCAUUACUUCUCCUUAAAUAGCUUCUCAGGCUAAUACACCAGCAUACAACAACAAGCUCAGAUCAGUGUGUCUCUUAGUCUGACUGGAUGACAGAGUUUGAAUCCCAAACUUGAGCUGAACAGUAAUGAAAUAACCAGAUUCUUAUGUAACGACAUGCAAGAAACCACCAAAUUCACUAAAAGUACGAACCCCUCAUCCAAAACGCUGAACUUUAAAAGUGAAUUUGCUGACUACAAAGAAGUUACUCUGCACAUUGUUAAGUCAGCUGUUUUUUGAGGAGUGGAGAUUCUCAUGGUGUCAUUUGACAGGAAAUUGGCAGUAAGGCUCUGAAUGUUUAUGGAAUAAGAGGGCUUGAUACAGAUAGUCAAACUGUGGUGGAAGUUCCCCUCUUACCCUCUAAUAGCACUAAGAUGGAUGCAUCAUGUCUUUGUGGGGCUCAACUCUUCAGCUGUCUGUCUGUUUAGUGUUUGCCCUGUCCUCUUCUGUCUCUGUCGGUCGCUCACGCUGUCCUCUGUCUGUCGUUCUUUGUGUCUCCUAGCCUGAACACUGGGCUCUGAGCCAUGACCUGAAUGGCUGCAGAAGCUGUGAGUGUGACAUCGGAGGAGCCCUGGACAACCAGUGAGUGACUCUGUAGCUUUCAUCCUGAGUCAAAGGUGAAACCUGAAGUAUGAGGCUGCUGGGGCCCUUUGGUCCAGGCCAUAAUGUCAGCAGCUGUUGGAUGUAUUGACAAAGUAGUAUUGACACUCAUUUAUUCCAAUGAAACUGAUUGUGGUGUUCCUUUGACCUCUAGCCCCACCAUGAGACCGAUAGAUAUUUCAACUCUUAACCACUGGAUAUAAAUAUCCCCUUCAGGAUAGGUUAUACAUACUAUAACUGUUUAUAGUUAUGUUGUUGUUGAUUCGACUAAGUCAACUAGUCAAAAUGACAUGGUCAUUCUAUUAGUUGCAGAAUUUUGGUAGACCAAGUAUUAAGGAAGCUGCUGUCUGCUGUAGUGGUGAUAUGACAAAGCUGCGAAUGUAUUUUCUCCGUAGCUGCUCCAUGGAGAGUGGUCAGUGUCGUUGCCGCAGUCACAUGACAGGACGUCAGUGUACACAAUUGGAGUCUGGAUAUUACUUCAUGGCUCUGGAUCACUACCUUUAUGAAGCUGAGCUGGCCAAAAUGGAGCAGGUGAAACAACUCGUGUUUAUUAUGGGAACAUAUUGGUGGAGAAGUGUAACCGUGUAAAACUUAUUAAACAUUUGAAUACUUUUGACCAUCAGGGCUGCACAUUGGAGACCAGGGAGCACCAGCAAGGUCGCCCCGCCACUUGGACCGGCAUAGGGUUUGCUCGGGUACCUGAAGGUGGCGUCCUGGAGUUCACCAUCAGUGACAUCCCGUACUCCAUGGAGUAUGACCUGCUGAUUCGCUACGAGUCACAGGUCUGUGUGUAAACAUCAUGUAUUUUUUAAGGUUGAACCUAGAAUGUUAAUUUUUCUAUAUUCCUAUAUUCAAUAAUCUAUAAUAAAGGUCAAUAAUCUUCAUAGAUGCCCAGAGACUGGGAGGAGGUGCGGAUAACAGUGAUUCGUCCAGGACUGAUUCCUACCAGCAGCCCCUGUGGAAACACCAUCCCAGAUGAUGACAGAAUCAUUGUCUCCCUGCCAGCUGGAGCUAGGUCUGUUAUCUCAGUGCACACACGCAUACACACACACACAUAGAAAUGCACACAUAUAUUCAGAUUCACAUAAGUUGACCCUCUGCUUUUGGUCUUUUCUUCAGAUUUGUGGUCCCUCCUCAGACGGUGUGUCUGGAGAGAGGGGUGACCUACACCCUCCGUUUUGAAUUCACACGCUAUCAGGAUGCCAACAGCAUCCUCCUUAAUGGAGGUGCCAACGCCGUCCUCCUUGUAGACUCUGUGAGACCCCUUUUUUUUCUGGAAUCUCCUACUGAUUCAUGAAAUUGUCAUUUUCAUUCCAGUCACAAACAUCUGCUUCUCACUCUCAGCUCGGUAAUCUCUGACUUUUCUUUCCACAGAUAGCCUUGAUGCCACGCCACUCCUCCAUGGAGAUGUUCAAUGCUGGGGAUCCAGCUUCUAACAUCAGGAGGCAGACCUAUGAGAGGUACCGCUGCCAUGAGGGGGCCAAGAGUGUGACCCGCCCAUUGAUGAGUGACACUUGUGCGAAACUCAUCACCAGCAUGUCAGCUAUCAUAAAUGACGGAGCCCUAGGUAUGUUAAAAAAACAAGUAUAUGUUGUUAAAAAAAUGUCUGCCAUAUUGACAGAGUGAUUAAAAUGGUGAGGAUAUAAAUUGCUUUUUUAUCAUCCAGAACUGCUUUUACUCACCUCUUUAACAUUGACCUUGCAGACAUAGUUAUAAUUUCUGUCAGCAGAUGUUUGUUUUUCUUCUUCUCUGAAUUUGAUGCGCAUGAUGUAAUCACCUUUUAGAAGCUCAUGAACUUCCUGUCUGUACCUCUCUGUCCUUCUCCAGCAUGUAACUGUGACCCUCAAGGGUCUAUCAGCUCUGUUUGUGAUGUCCGUGGAGGCCAGUGUCGCUGUAGACCUAAUGUGAUUGGUCGACGCUGUGAUCAGUGCGCGCCAGGAACAUAUGGUUUUGGACCCUCCGGCUGCGUAGGUUUGUGACUUAUGGCUAUUUCAACUUCUCUGGAUCUGUUUGAAGGAAAAAAGAUGAGGAAUAAACAUUUUCUAAAUACAGAUUUCCACUUCUUUUCUACAGCUGUGGUUCAAGAUUUCUGAAGAGAAGUCUUAUUGAUAUACAGACUUAUUCUCAGGACAAAUUUCAGAGCUCAUACUUUGUCGAACAUUGUUGGUACUCUCGUUUUCUUACAAUACUGAAUAAAAGGACGCUUAUGUGUAAUUCCUUCCUAUGACAUGCUGUGCUGCUGGUGCCCUCUACUGUCCCUUAGUGCAGUUGCAAAUCUAAACCCCUCAUUCAAAAUAUCAUUUUUCACAUGAUUUUCUAUCUUCUAUUGUUCUUCACUCUUUCCAGCCUGCGGUUGCAGCUUGGAAGGCUCUGUGACUCGACUUUGUGAUAAGUUUACUGGUCAGUGCCAGUGCCGCCCGGGAGCAUUUGGUCAGCGCUGCGACGGGUGCCAAGCGGGUCACUGGGGCUUCCCGAGCUGCCGUCCAUGCCAGUGUAACGGACAUGCUGACGAGUGUGACCAGAGGACAGGUGCCUGCAUCGGCUGCAGAGGCAACACUGGAGGAGACAAGUGUGAUAGGUGAUGUUUCAGCCGGAGAAAUGAGCUUUGAAGGCUAUGAGAAAAUCGAUUCGGUGUUUGGCAGUUCUUUAUGAUUGGUGCUCUUUUUAGGUGUGCCAAUGGUUACUAUGGCAACCCAGUUUUGGGUAUUGCAUCCGGAGGUCAGUGUCGCCCAUGCCCCUGUCCGGACGGACCCAACAGUGGACGCCACUUUGCUGCAUCUUGUUACCAGGACAACCGUAACAGACAAAUUAUCUGCAACUGUAACCAGGGUUACACAGGUAAACAACAGACAACAGUCUCCCUCUCUCCUCUUCAGUCCUCUGCUCUGUUUAUGUCUCCAUGCUCAAGCUAAUAAUGCUGAUAAAAUCAUCAGUGUAUUCAGAUGUGUGUUUGUGUGUGUGUGUGUGUGUGUGUGUGUGUGUGUGUGUGUGUCUGUGUAACUGUAAUAUUUGUCACUUUGAAAUUCAUUUAUUUUCAUCAUUCUGCUCUUCAUGAGGCACUUUUUGACCAUGUCUAAGAAACAGACCUUAGCUGAGUCAAAAGCAGAAAGUACACUUCUGAUGGAAAGCUAAAAGACACUUCAGCAGUUCAUUGGAAGCUUUUACAUUUAGGAGGGAUGCUUGAUGUUGGAUUUUUGUGAAUAUUUCAAAUGAUAUUUUCAAACUCAUUCUGGCUGAUAUGAAACCAAUCGAAAUUCAUCACAGGCAGGCUGAGGUUCACUUCUCCAUCUGGUUAUUUAAUUGUUUUUUUUCUUGCACACCCACCUUUGACUGGUUCUUUUUAGCCUAGCCAAGUGCCUGAAGUCGAGGCUGCUGAUAGAUUUUUUUUUACUGGAACAGACGCCUCUCAUUCUUAUUUUUCGGAAACUCCCAGUGCUCAUUAGGAUUCAGUUCCAUUCAAAGCUUAUUACUACGUCAGCUUAAACUGUUGUUUUGAACUUUUCUCAGGGUGCUCUUCAUAAAUAUAACAUACAACUAAAACAGCAAACAUACAAAAUGAACUAAGAUCCAGAAAGCGGUGAUUACUGCAUGAUAAUUUUAAAAAAGCAAUUUGUGAGUGUUGGAGUGUAUGAAGCAUUUUUGUUGUGCUGAGAAUGGAGCAAAGUGACAUUGCAGACAUGUAGUUCCUUAUUUUAACUUUAUGAGUGAACCUGCUGUGUGAUAUGCAAAGUGUAAGCUAAUCAGCAUUAAACACAGGUCCAGAAGAGACUGGCAGAAAUGCUGUUCAUUUACAGAAAUUUAGCAACAAAUCAGAAUUGUUCCUUGACUAUUUUGGAGUUGUUUUAUCUAUUUUUUGAAAGGGAAAUUCUCACCAGAGUCAGUAAACUUAAUAUACUGAUAUCUAUGGAUAGCUAUUUAACAAUCAUUAGCAUGUUAGUGUUGAAUUAGUAAGCAUGUUAGCUUAAAGACUAAGAAAUAGAGUCAUCAAAACAACAACAAGCACCCUGAGGGAAAGAUCGGUCCCAUCUCUUUUUAUAAGAGGAGCUCAGCACAAUCCAACAGCUACUUUUGGAGCAGGUCUGUGAACUCAGAUUACUGAAUCAGACUCUUCCAGAGCAGCUCAAUGAGGUAAGAAAGAUGUUUUUAAGUGGGUUCUGUGAAAUGGUAACUUGUGUCGUUUCCUCCCUCCCCCUGUACUACUGGCUCAGGGAUUGUUAAACGCUCCGGGGCGACCAUUUUUAAGCGUGAGUAAUGAUGGUUGACCCCUGCCCCCCCCUUCUCUUCCUCCUCCUUCUCCUCUUUUUUCCACCAACCCUUCACUUGAAAUCCUCCCCAUGCAUGGCUUCAGCACCCCUCCAUCAGCAGUGCUGUGCCGGAGUGCGCUCCCGCCUCUGUGUGAGACCUGGCUCAAAGAAUAACAUCAAAUCCUUCUAGAUACUGAUGUGUUUCAUACGAUUCAUGUCUGAAAGGGGAGAAAAUCUGCUGUGAUUUUAAAAAAGGAGGAAGAAAUUGUUCCUUGGGUGGUUUGCUGAUAGAAUAAUGAUGACAAGAUUUGAUCCAGGUCUGUGUAGAUACACCGUCACAAGGACCUGACCCAGAAUCACAUAAUUUGAAGCGAUUGUGUCAAAAAGUCUGGUUUUGUGCUUAAAUUACUUAAAGGUGGAGAAAACAUGAAGAUGGGUAAUAUGGCUUCAGGUUUGGACGCAUGUGCUGAUUGAUUCAGAGUCUGGGUCAGCUUCUUUCUCUCUUGUUUGACAUAGAUUUCACUGUUCAUCUUGAUCUGUGAAUGACUUCUGUUGGGAUGAUGUUUUAGCAGAAAUUUUUACAGAGAAAAGAGCUGUAGUGAAACAAAAACUGAACUGUGUGACUGCCUCUGCUCUUGAAGAUGUAGCACAAUGAACAAGUAGCAUUUGCUCUAUUUCUAUUUUCAUCACUCUCUCUGCUCUUUUCCCCCAUCCAGCUGCCUCUUACUCUUUAUAUUCCUCUGAUUUGAUCUCCCAUGUACUUCAGUUUUAGCUUUACUAGCACAGCCCUACUCUCUUCCUCUCCCCACUUUUUCAUUACUUUCUCUCUCUUAUUUCCUGCUUUUCUCAUUUUUCCGCUUCACUCAAAUAUGCCAGGUAUUUCUUGUUUGAGUCUGACCUAAAGAGAGAGUAAAUGAGAUGUAACAGUGAGGAGGAAACAGCCCAACAGGCUGAAGAAUGUCAGAUACGACCUUACUGUUGUUUUAGCUGUGUUGUAUAGUCUAUGGCAGUGGUUUCUGACGGAUUGUAAUAUCAGCCAAAUGUGAUAUGCAGCACCAUGGGAGACUAAAUUACCAGCCGGGAUGGAUUUUUCUGGAUAGACUCAUGGAAUAAUAUAAUGGAAUUAAUACUUUUAGUGAUGAUGUGUUGCAUAAUCUCCUGAGAAGGGAGGUGUGAUUGAAGACCCUGAACUAAUGAGAGCUUUUUAACCAAUGAGUGAUGUUUAGUAACCAAACUGAUACUCCUAUAGGAUUGUCUGAAUUUGAUGUUGUCCAUGCUUUGCAGAAAGACUUUGAGCCAAAUGCUGGACUGAAUACUGUGUUACAAACAAAACGGAAGCAGUGUAGCUUCUGAUAGUGUUGACAUUUUUGAAUCUGUGCUAGCAGUACUUAAAGGGAAAUUUUGUAAGCACAGGCAAAACAUGGUGUGGGAUUGGUUUGCAUAGUGUGGCUAACAAUAGCAGAGCUAGCACCACCAGCAUUUGGUCCUUCUUGUAGGUUUACAUCCACAUGCCUGUGCUGGUUAAGUUUUUAUAUGCCAGUUCAACCAGACACAACCCAAACACAACUUUAUCUCCAUUUCCUAUGACAAGUGGUUCCCAAAGUGGGGGGUCAUGGGUUGCCUCCUUAAUAAACAAAUAUGCAGUUUUAAAUUAUUUAAAUUAGCAGCCAAAAUGCAAGAGUCAAGAUAUGCAAGAAAUAUAAGAAAAUCCAUCAGAGGAACCCACAAAAGGCAGGGGGAGUACUUAUAGGAAGAAGAUAAGAUGAGAACUCUAUUUAUCCCCAAAGGGGAAUUUAAAUUCCAUAUUUAAUGUACUAUCAAAAUAAAAAUCCAUCACUAAAUUUUUACAGAGGUGGAUUUAAACAGAGGAAUCCACAAAAAAGGCCAAUCAAGAGAGUCCUCAUUGCUUUAAAGCAAAAGCGUCUUAUUAUUCCUUUUCUGUAUAUUCACAAGUUUUCAGCCUCAUGCUGUCUUACACUCAAACAUAAUGGGAUUUCAAACUUAAAAAAACAGCUGGGAUAAAGCUGUGCAGUUUAUUUCGUUUUGAAUAGUAAAAUCUUCUGCUUACACUCUUUGUUUACAUUUUAACUUUUUUUUUCUUUUUUGUCUUCUUUAGGGGCCAGAUGUGAGGAAUGUGCCCCAGGUUACUACGGCAACCCCUCUCAGCCUGGAGGUCGCUGCCAGCCGUGCCAGUGCAACAACAACAUCGACAUGUCAGACAUGGACUCUUGUGACAGGCGGACUGGAGAAUGCAGGAAAUGCCUUUACAACACAGAGGGCCCGAACUGUGGCAUCUGUAAGAGCGGUUACUUUGGAGAUGCAUCCCGACGCAACUGCAGGAGUGAGUGACAUCUGAAGAUGAUUGACAUUAACAUGAAUAUUGUGUUGAAGUAACUGUACUAUGAUGAUGAUGGAAUAAUUUCUGAUGUUUUUGCCCUUUAGAGUGCACGUGCAACUUCUUGGGCACUGAAAACAGUCAGUGUAUGCAGCGUGAGGACUGUGUGUGUCAGCGCGCCACAGGGCAGUGCCAGUGUUUGCCAAAUGUCAUGGGCCUGAUGUGUGACCACUGCGCCCCAAACCACUGGAACCUCGCAAGCGGGAGGGGCUGUGAAUCCUGUGGCUGUGAUCCCAACAACUCAGUCACGUCUUCGUGUAACGAGGUCAGGAACACUCCGACCUUUGCACACUCAAACAUGCAUAUCUCUCUGUUCUAAAAUUAAUCAAACCUGUUCACAUUCAUUUACAUUCACUUGAAUUCAUUCACACUGACAGAAACAAGAAGAACUGAUGUGUCAAGCGUCACAUUUUUCCUCUCUGCUCUACAGUUCACUGGACAGUGUCAGUGUCGGGAUGGCUUUGGAGGGAGGACCUGUACAGACUGUCAGGAGAACUACUGGGGGGAUCCCAGGACACAGUGCAGAGGUAAGACACAUACAAAAUAAGGUAAAUUCUGUAUGCUUUUAAGACUUAUAAGGUAAAUCUUGAGACUUAGAAAAACAAAAAACCCUAAUACUACAUAUCAUCGCUGUCUGAUGAAAAACACGUAUCUCCACUUUUAGCGAUACAGACUUUUUUCAAUACAUGCAUGGUCCAUAAUCUUCCCUAACAACCUGUAGCUUUGAGUAUCCAAAUGACUGAUGGAAGGACAUUUUAUAACAUCAUCUUCUCAACAAGUAUCUCUAUCGGUUGUAGAAUGUGUCAACAAAGCACGUACCUUCUACCCUGGCCCUGUCUUGUCAUGUCAGCAAACAGACUUUACACUGUGACAGACUCAUUACAGUCCAGGGUAAUGCUACACUAAUGUCCUCACAUUGACUGAUGCAGACCUCAAACUUUGUUCUAACCAUGACAGUGUUGCUUACCUGUACGUUAGUUUCCUUUCAGCUGAUUCACUCGGUACAACAUAUAUAGUAUGGAAUAUCACGCCCCCACGUGGCCUGACUGAAGACACCUUUAUUCACACCCCUUUAAGGCAGAUGAUCUGUGGUGACGUCUGGGAGGCUCUGCCUGCUAACACCACAGUCAUCCUUCAGUUCUUACGCUCUUCACCCCGCUGAGAACACCUCCACUGAGUCGGGCUAACUAGCUGCUGCUAGCUUAGCCUGGUCUUGUCUGUGGCCACUGCCUGAUCGAUUUUAGCUUAACUGCCCCUGUUGGUGUUAGCCUGCGGCUACCCGCAGAGCGCUAAUUUCGUUCAGCUUCUGCGUCUUAUUAUGAGCGCUGUGCCCAUGAAAGUAAAGGCGAAGUCUUCUGUUCGCCCCUGUCCUCAGGAGUGCGCCUUGUCCCUUCAUGAGAAAGAUCUCCAUGAGGCUUGUCCUGUUUGCCUGGGGAUUGUCCACGCCAGGAGGGCAUUGACUGAGCCCAAGUCGCGUGAGUCCUUCACCGGCUUCAGAGCUCAACCCUGGGAAGGUGGGUCAAGUUUGUGGAGAAAAUACUAGGAAAAAACGCUUUUGCGCUGCACAAUCCCCUCCUCUCCGAGUCCAGGGACCUGGCUUCGUCUGAGUCCGGUGGUGAGGACUUUCUGGUCGAACGCUCAGUUGGAAAUUGGGCAGACCAUGUGGAGUGUGCUGACGGGUCAGCUGGAUUUGAGCCGGGCCCCCCCGCUAUCUGGGCUAGCUUGUUACCAGGAGGAGGAUGACGUGCUGGACAUCGGCCUGGACGUGCAGGGCUUUUCGGAGGACGAGCAGGAGCCGUUGUCUUUGGGUCAGUAUGCCGCCGCUGCUGCACCGGUUGAGCUGGACCACAUCCUUCCUCUCACUGUACUGCCGUGAAGCUGAGAAACUGGGAGUAGAAUGGCCCCCUCCUCCACCGGCUCAAAAAAACAUCGUGGUUCUCAGGGUUUUUUCUCCCACCCGAACCUACGACUGUUAAGAACAGUUUGCCCAUGAUCCCGGAUUUGUUGCAGAACUAACCUCGACAUGGAACAAGCCGCUGUCCACCUGCGCCACAGUGCCCAGUUGUGGACAGUUUCUGGAUCUGGAUGGAGCUGAAAAAGCUGGUUCGGUGAACCCUCCGCCUUUGGAGGCGUCCCUGGCAGCCUAUCUGGCCCCAUCACGCUCCCAUCCAAGCACUGCAGGUUUUCAGCGUCACAGCUGGAUAAGAUUUACAGGUGACUGGCUAGUACAGCCCGUGCACUAAGCUCUGUCACCAUGCUUCAGACAUAUCAGGCUAUGUGUCUGGCAGAACUCAGCUUGUGUAUGCCUCCUGACAGUCUGCUUUCUCCUCUCCUCAAUGAAGCUAGGGUCGCCACAGAUUACAUUCUCCGUGUGUCCCGCUGUGCAGCGCUCUCUCUAGGUAGAGGCAUGGCUUCCACUGUGGUGGCGCAGAGACACCUGUGGCUGACUCUCUCCGACGUUCCGGAUAGGGACAGAGGGGUUUAUCUUGACGAGCCUGUGUUUGGGCAGUCCCUCGACACCAUUCAGGCUAAGUUUAAGCUGAGGAAGAAACAAACCGAAGCUUUGAGAAGCAUCAUCCCCAGGCGUGAUGCGAGGCCCAAACAACAGUGUUAUCUGCACAAACUGGCACCACUGCCUCUCCCCAAGAGGACUGCAGCGCCCGCCAGUUUGGGGCCCCAACCGGUGAAGCGGCAUGUACCCGGUCAGAACCCACGCCCCUCGGCUUGGAACAAGGGUCCGCCACUGAGCCUUCAGAGGGACUCAGUGCCCAGGAAGAAGAAGCAGCUGUCAUCCUAGCUUCGGGACUCGAGAGGGGGCCCAGCAGCACAGAGACACUGCUGCCCUUCAGUUUUUGCCGCCAAAGAGGCCGCGUUUAAAGUUUGUUCAGGGGUCCAGCCCCGAGAGGCGCUGCACUCCCUUAACACAGUCUCCCAAGCACAACCCUCCCUCAAAAAUGAGAGCGUUUCAAUGCUGGACUCAGUCCCACCGGCUGUGCACGCAGCGUCACAUCCAGAGGAGGCUGACGAUAACUCUGUCUUGCAUGUCAGCUCUUCUCCUGUGGAGAGAACCCGGUUUUCUACAACAGGGAUCUCCAAUAGGGAGGGUGUCCACAGACGCAUCCCUGAGGGGUUGGGGGUCUCUGUGCGAGGGCACAGCAGUGAGAGGCGUGUACAAUGCGAGCUCCACAUCAAUUACCUUGAGCUAUUAGCUACCCUUUUCACUCUGAAGCACUUUCGUCCCGUUCUGACAGGCCAUCAUGUUCUGAUCAGGACGGACAACACAACCGUGGUUUCCGACAUAAACAAGAGGGAGGGACACGCUCUCUUCCCCUGUUAAAACUGUCUCACUAUCUGUUGCUAUGGUGCAUUGCUCAUUUUCUGUCCCUCAGAGCCACACAUAUUCCGGGUCAUUUAAACCUUAGGCCAGACCUUCUCUCCAGGGGGGGUCCUCUUGUGAGAGAGUGGAGAUUGCACCCACUAGUGAUCGCUCAGAUAUGGGACCGCUUCGGCAGGGCAGAAGUAGAUCUUUUUGCCUCCAGAGCAAAUACUCAUUGCCCCCUGUUCUUUUCCAUAACAGACUGAAAUGCUCCACUGGGAAUGGAUGUGCUAGCUCCUCCAUGGCCCAGCACGCUGCUAAAUGCAUUUCCCCUGGUGGAAAUGAUUCUGUCUGUUCUGGAGAGGGUGUGCCAGCAGGGGCUCUCCCUGAUCCUGGUGGCUUCUCGCUGGCCGGCGAAGUCGUGGUACGCAGAGAUAAUCAGUCUGCUGGCAGCGAGGCCCUGGCAGCUCCCUUUUUGCAGGGACCUCCUCUCCCAGGCGGGAGGAGAGGUGAUUCACCCGCGCCCAGAACUGUGGCAACUACAUGCUUACCUGUUGAAAGAUCCAACUUAAUGGCUCAGGGUCUGCCCCCAAAUGUGGUGGCAACGAUCCAGAGUGCAAGGGCAUCAUCUACUAGGGGCCUAUAUGCCUAUAAAUGGCAAGCAUUUGAGCAGUGGUGUCAGGACCGAAAUGUACUCCCAUUUCAGAGUUCUAUUGUGGAUGUUUUAACGUUCCUUCAGGACCUGCUGGAUAGGGGUCUCUCUUUCUCAACAAUUAAGUUCUAUUUGGCAGCUAUAUCUGCAAGCUAUGUUGGCUUUGAUGGUGUGACGCUAGGCACUCACCCUCUUGCUAUGCGCUUCCUAAAGGGAGUCCGCAGGCUAAGACCUGUUCUUAAACCCAGUGUUCCCUCAUGGGAUUUAGGGCUGGUGCUUGAGGCUCUUGGUGGACCUCAUUUGAGCCUGUUGAGUCAGCAGACAUGAAAUUUCUUUCAUACAAAACUGCACUGCUACUUGCUUUGACGUCUGCAAAGCGACUGGGCGACCUUCAUGCUUUGUCUGUGCAUCCCUCUGGUACCCAGUUCACUCCGGAUGGAUCUAUGAUUAGACUGCGCCCAAAUGCGGCGUAUUUGCUGAAGAUUAUCCCCACAGCCUAUAGCUCUAUGAGUUUUGAUCUGCUGAGCUUCUUCCCCCCUCCAUUUGCAUCUGAGGAGUAGAAGAGGUUGCAUUCCUUGUGCCCUGUGCGUGCACUACGCACUUACAUAGACCGCACUCAGAGUGUGCGUGUAUGUGACCAGUUGUUUGUCUGUUUUGCUAAUCCAGCCAAGGGCAAGGCGCUGUCUAAGCAGCGGCUUUCCCACUGGAUUGUGAUGGCUAUCUCCUUAGCAUACAGCAGCAGGGGUCUCCCGUUGCCCCAAGGUGUGAGGGCACAUUCAACCAAGGGAAUGGCAGCCUCAUGGGCCUUGUUUAAAGGGGUUUCUGUGAGUGAUAUCUGUACUGCAGCCAGUUGGUCAUCACCACACACUUUUGUUCGGUUUUAUCGUUUGGAUGUGACAGCCUCUUCACUGGCUCACUGUGUCCUUUCUGCUGGGUCUACAAUGCACUAAAGUUUUGGAGGUUUGACUUCAGUUCGGUGGCUGCUCUGCGGGGUAUGUAUACAUGUCCCAUACUAUAUGUGUUGUGCCGAGUGAAUCGACUGAAAGGGAACGAAAUGUUAUGAAUAUAACUUCUGUUUCCUGAAGGAGAGGAAUGAGGUACAACACUGGGUUGCCCCACAGAAGUUACAGAAGUUAUAUUCAUAACAUUUCAAUUUCUUGAGCUGAAGUUAAUCCCCAGAGGCAAAGCUGCUUUUGUUUUCUCUCUCACACUCCGUCACAGACACUAGUGUAUUUUAAAUUGGGAGUCGUGACUCAAAAAGGUUAACAACCAAUGUGCUAUAAAUGUAAGAUAGCCCACUAUUAAUAGUUUUUCACAAUUGCUUAUCACAAGCAAAGCACCUAAGUCUGUUAAUAUUAAACAGGUAACUAAUGACUGUGUAAAUAUAGAUUUUGAUUACGGGUCCAAAUUGUGUCUAAUUACAGUGUUCUGGGUUUAUUCUGUAAGGUAGUUUAUGAAUAAAAUUGUUUUUUAAUGUUCCUGAAAAAAAAAAACAUUUUGGAGAUAUGUGUUUUUUAUUGGACAGGGAAGAAAUUGACCUCAUAAAUAUCAUCCCCAAAAAUCUUCAUUACAGAGAUAUAAUCAGAAGACUCAUGGAAACUUUUAGGAAAGAUUGUUUGCUCUCAGUUAGACAUUUUGGCUGUCUUUUGUUUAGGUUACCUGAAUCUCAGUGUUGUAAACACAUGCUUUUAUUUUCAAAUGUCAUAUAAACUACUUUCUGAAGAAAGUAAGAAAAAUUGCUAAAGAUUGUAAGAAAAAAUCAUUGUUCAAUGAAUUUCACAGAGGAGUGAAGGUGUUACAAAUGGAAUCACUAUGGGCAGAAAGAGCAGACAGGACAAACAAGUGCUGAGGGUGUGUGCAUGUCUGAGUGUGUGCAAAGUCCCCCAGGUUUGUUCAGCUCUUGUGAAAUUACCCACCAGCACACCAAUAUUAGGAUCAAUGCAGGAUCAAUGGGAAAGGACAGCUCUGUCAUGGUGGUGUUGCAGACUCUGAAAAGUUUGCUAUUCAAGUCUGACCCGAAAGAGAAAGCAAAGAGUUUAUUUCACACCGGUAGGAUUACUCAGGAUGCUCUAUAUGCAAAGUGCACCCUUUGAUGGUCGAGAUUAAAAUGAAAGCAGUAGAUAUAUACAGUACAUCCAGGUGAUCUGUAUAUUAGUGUCACACCUUAUCCUUCUUCUUGUCCCUUCCUCCAGCUUGUGACUGUGACUGGCGUGGCAUUGAGACCUCUCAGUGCAACAGGAUGACCGGCCACUGUGUUUGCCAGCAGGGGGUGUCAGGUGUCCGCUGUGAUCAGUGUGCCAGAGGCUUCUCUGGACAGUUCCCAAACUGUCAGCCCUGCCACCAGUGCUUUGGGGACUGGGACCGCAUUGUGCAGGUACACUUUCAUGCAAAAAAGCUUCUUAUUCCACGUCUGCAGAAGCCAAAUGUGGGGAAAAAAAUGAACUGUUCAUUUAUCAGCUGUCAACAAUAAUCUGUCUCUUCACAAUUUUGCCCACCAGGACCUGGCAGUGCGUACAAAGACUCUGGCAGAGCGUGCCCAUGAGAUCCAGACCACAGGGCUUACUGGGCCCUAUGAAAAAGCCUUCAGAGACCUGGAGGAGAAGCUGGCGCAGGCUCAGGGGAUUGUCAACGCACGCAAUGCCACUGCUGCAGCCGUUGCUACACUGAUGGAGCUUAUUGAAGAUCUAAGGUGCAGCUGGCUCAAGUGAUUUGUUUUGUUAUAUAAGAAGAAUUGCAAGAGAUUACCUAGGAUUCAAACCAAAUCUGUCAAUCCCAGUGACAGCUUUAUUCAAUUUGCCCAACAAAGUAGGCUAUGUUUGAAAUCAAUGAACCCAUAAUAAAGUUUAUAUCCACUGAUAACUGCUUGUUUUGCCCUGCAGAGCGCAGAUCAGUGAGACAACUGACACCCUGAACAGAGUGGAGGGAGAUCUUACCAUCGUUCAGGACAGCAACUCCGAGGCGAGCAAGGAGCUGAGUGCUCUGGAGAGAGAGGCCAAAGAGCUGAACCUUACUUCAGAGCAGCUUCACCGUCAACUGGAUAUCCUUAAAAACUCCAACUUCUUAGGUGAGGAGGAGCAGAUGGAGAAUAGGCCCACAUAACUGAAUCACUUACACCUUCUAAUCAAACUCUCUGUGGUCAGCUCUUCUGAAGUUGUAGGUUUCUUCUUCUUAAUCUGCUUGGUUUAUACACAUAAAGCAUCCCCUUUUUUAUUUUCUGCCCUCUACACAAGAUAAUGCAUUGAGUUGAUAAAAAUAUACUUCCUCCUUUACUUUUCAUAGGUGCCUAUGACAGCAUCCGUAGCUCCUACAACAAGUCUCGUGAUGCAGAGCGGCGUGCCAAUGAAUCAACAACCACCACACCCAGCACAGUGAGCCAAUCUGCAGAAACUCGCCGCCGUACAGAGCGCCUAAUCAAUGUAAAGAAGGACGACUUCAACCGCAAAAAUGCUGCUAACAAGCGUGCGCUCGGUGACCUCAAUACCCGAGCACAGGGCCUGGACAUGAGGAAGAUCAACGAGAAGGUUUGAUCCAGUUCUUCAUUUGUAAAAGCCAUUUCAAGCGCCAAUUAAGUUUAACUAAAUAAUACAAUCAAAUAUCAGCUUAAAACUUAUCAUCAAGCAACAAAAGACAAGCUAAGCUAGCUGUGCCGGCUCUGUUUGCUGGUCUGUUUUGUUUAUAUUUUACAUGCAGUCUAACAGAGUUCAGACUUUUGCAAUCACAGAUUUCUUUGGGUAGUGGUACUGCAAUGAUCACUUACACAACAAACUGUAAAAGUCUGGUCUUAACUCAGUGUUGAUCAAAUAUGCAGCGUCAUGUUCUGGCUGUGUCCAACAGACGAGGAGAAAACUUUCUCACUCCUACACUGUUACAAGCAACUGGUACUUUCCAUUCAUUUGCAAUUGCAUGUUCACCUGUCCCAACAGGUUUGCGGCGCCCCUGGUGAUGCUACCUGUGAAGAAAGUCCAUGUGGGGGUGCAGGUUGCCGUGACGACGAAGGGAACCGACACUGUGGAGGGCUGAACUGUAACGGAGCUGUAGCAGUAGCUGCCAAUGCCCUGGAGAGAGCCAAACACGCAGAGAGCGAGUUGAACAAAGCGAUGGAGGAUGUGGAAGGACUCUUUACCAAAGUGAGGAGCAGGAAAAUGUCCACAAGUGUGACUAAACUUUUGAAAUCAAGCUGUUGUCUGUACAUAACAUCAAAUAUGUAGGGCCUCUAAAUCUUCUUUUGUGUCACAUAUUUCUGGAGCUGCCUCUUUCCACCAAGAAAUAAAGAAGAAGAGCUUUUUGUUUAUUUCUCAUGAGACCAGAUCAGACUGCAGCCAAGACAUUUUCAACUAAAUCUUGUCUUAAAGUGUUUCAGUUUCCCUUUAGACCAGAUUAAGAGGAAUCCUUUUUACUUCCUGAAGUAAGGGAGGAGCAGUGAGAAUUAAGCUCUUAAAUUAUUUACAGACUUACUCCACAAAGAUUUACAUCUGGGGGUUUGCCAUUUCAGUUUGUGCCAGCGUUCCUACAUGUAGACUGAAUCUCCAUAAAUAGAUUUAGACUAUUGUGUGAUUUGAAUAAGGCACACAGAUGCAAUCUAGGAGAUAUAUGUCCUUAGAGAAAACCAAUCUAAGGAAGAGUGGGCACACUGGAAUCAGAAGUAGGAGAAAAUUGUCACAAAAACACAUUUAUGAAUAACUGUUCAGAGAAACACAACCAAAGCUCAUGAAAACUGCAGCUAAAGCGGAUACAUUCUCUGUUAUAACUGUCAGUCUUUCGUUUAUUUCUAUUUCCCUUAUUUUUACAUAAUUAAACCUUUAUUCAGAUAAGAAAAUCUAAUUUUCAAAGGCUGCCUGGUCAAGACAGCAGCAAGAACUCAAAGUUACAGACAGACAGAGAAGACAGUAUUAUUCAAAAGCACUAAAAUUAACACUAAAAUUAACAUUGACACUAGCUCCUGGGGUUGUAAGUCAUUCUUAGGGUGCAGAAAGCCCAAAAGCCUUUUCGUGUCUUCUAUAAACAUGUGUCUUUCACUCAGGUGGCAGAUGCCAAGACCAAGGCAGAGGAGGCUAAGAGUAAAGCCCAAGCUGCUCUGGAUAAAGCUACGGCUACGAAAAACAAAGUGGAGCGCUCUAACAAUGACCUAAGAGACCUCAUCAAACAGAUCAGAGACUUCCUCACCCGUGAGUCUGAUAUUAUUCGGAUUUAUUUGUGAUCAUGUUAUAAUGCACAUUUUUUAAGUUGACUUAAAAUGUACUGAAAACAACCUUUUAACUUUUGUAAAUUUUUUAUCUUUCUCUCAGAGGAGGGUGCAGACCCAGACAGCAUUGAGGCGGUGGCAAAUCACGUGUUGGAGCUCUCCAUCCCAGCUUCACCCUCACAGAUCAGACAUCUCGCUGAUGAAAUCAAAGAACGGGUCCGCAGCCUUUCCAAUGUGGAUGCAAUCCUGGAGCGGACACAGGAUGAUGUCCGCAAGGCAGAGCAGCUGCUGCUGGAUGCGAAGAGGGCAAGGUCAGAGCAGAGCUGGUCUUACCAAUGUGUUUGUAUAGUAGCAAGUGUAUUAACUCAGUGAAGCCUAACGCUUCUUAAAGUCAGUGUUUCUGUGUUGCUGAUGUUUAGGCACAGUGCUGAGGGGGUGAAGACCACGGCGGAGACAGUGAAACAGGCCCUGGUGGACGCUAAAAGUGCUCAGACAUCAGCUGAAAAGGCCAUUGCAAGAGCCAAAGCAGAUAUUGGGGAGACGGAGGCCAGACUGGCUCAGGUAACAGCCAAAGCCGAUCUUUUACUGAGCAGUAUGAACAACCACACCAGUUUAGACUGUCAGAGCUUUGUUCUGAUGACCAUCAAUGAUCGGAUGUAGGAUUAAAUUGGAAAAUAAGGGGUACUAAUUCCUAAUGCAAAAGUAGGCUGUUAAAUUGAAACUUUCUUCAUGUGUCGUAUUAUGUCUCAGGUUGGGUGGUUACAACAUCAGAUACUCACCUCAUGAUUAUGUUGGCUAUAUAAUGUCAUUAUAACAAUGUAAUUUGAACAUUAAUGGAAAUCUUUACUUAUUUUCAAGGAAAGGCAAAAAUGGAGCAUCACAUCAUUUCAUAGACUCAGCUAAUAAAUGCAAUUGACACAUUUGCUAUCAUCCGUUUCUCAUAAUAUUCAAAUUUAUGAUUUGUCAGCCCUGUAACCAACAUUUAUUUUUUUAACAUCUGUUGUUUGAAAUACCAAACACAUGAAUUAAAGUCAGUAAUAGCCAGGAGAGGCGAGGCAGCCAUCUUCUUUUUCACAUUUUUGAAAAGUAUUGUUACACACAGCAAAGAAAUCACGACCACGGGGCAAAAUUUUCUUGUUAGUGAUUUUUUUUUGGUCUUCUCUUCUCAGAAUUAAAAAUGACAUCGCCUCAGAGUUGCCUUUAAUAACCUGUUUGCCAAUAUUUCUUGAAUUAACAUGCCUACCAUAAAAAAAGGUUGACGAAAACCAUUCAAAACUUAACACCCUAAGAAGCCCUGAUAGAUUUAUUUUAACUUGUUUUAAUAUCUUUAAACCAGCAGCCAUGUAGCAUUAAGAGAAAAACACCCUAAAGACAGGAUAGAACUAAAAUUGAGUGAUUUCUCAGACUUUUUAAUAAUAAUAUGAAGAUAUGACAUUGUUGAUUCAUGAAUAAGAAAACCCUGCAUCACUUAACCUAAGGGUUAAAGAUUAUUUAGGAACAGAAAGAAAUGAUUUGGCUCGGAAAUUCUCUCCCCAGAUUGAGUCAGAGACAUCCAACACUGAAAAUGACCUAAAUGAUGCCAUGGACCGCCUGGGCACACUGGGACAGGAGAUCACCGCCCUGAAGACCAAACGCGCUAACAACAGCAUGGCAGCAGCCCGAGCAGAAGAGACAGCCACCAUGGCUCGAGACAAGGCGAACGAAGCCAAGCAGGUGAGAGUGCGUGUUCAGAAGUGCGGGGCCUGUGUAUCAUUUUAAGAUCUGACACACAAAACCUCUGCUCUGUCUUGAUGCUCAGAUACUGGACGGCCAGCUGACUGAUAAGUACCAUGAGGUUCAGCAGCGGGUCGACACGAAGGCCAAGGCUGUGAAGGAUGCCAAGAAAAGAGCCGAGAGCCUCCGAGAUGAAGCCAAGGAGCUGCUGAAAGAUGCCCAGAACAAGCUCCAAAGACUAGCAGGUGCCUAUUGAAAUCCUUGUGUGCACCUGUGCUUGUGUGUUUGUAGAUGAAGAAAUCGACUGGGAAAAAGAAAAAAAGAGCAGCACGCCUCACAGUCCCUCGUAAUGCCCUGAUUUCUUUUUGCUUAUCCAUUCUUGAAAUGUCUGUUUCCCACAGAGCUGGAGAAAAACUACGAGGAGAACCAGAGGAGACUAGAGGGGAAAGCUCGUCAGCUUGAUGGCUUAGAGGACAAGAUGAAAGCCAUUCUCAACGACAUCAACAAACAGAUCCAGAUCUACAACACAUGCCAAUAAUUUACUCUGAAAUAUAAAAAAAAACAGCACAUAGAUUUUCUGCCAUGCCCUCCAGAUUCACUAAAUGUACAGCAGACCUUAAGAGAACAGUUGAAGAACCUCUGAAUAUGCACAGUGACUAUGCAUAUUUUAACUGCUACAUCAUGUAGGUGCAUAAUGCAAUUGCUGUCAACCAAAGAUAUUUAAACCCCUAAUGCAACAUUUCAAGGUUGUCUGAUGUUGCAUGUUUUGUCAGUUUUGAGUGCAUAAUUUUUGUCUUUAAUCUGAAGAGGAAUCUGAAAAUGUAUUCAGCUGUAUCCUGUAAAAGUCAGCAACUCCCAUAUUUGAUUGAUGUUAUGCAGUAUAGACCAUCUGUUGUUUGACUAUGCCUUUUUUUACUCAUCUGAAAUGACAGUUUCAGGGUCAACAGGUCAAUACCAGUCUAUCAGCAUUUUCUAUCAGACUUUUUGGAAGUGUAUCUUGAGCUGUGCUCAAGAUGACUUCAGUUAAUCUCCCUCAGACAGUCAAAACAACUGAGUAUAAUCGAAGUGUGUUGAGACAUGGAGCUCGAGGACACAUGUUUUAGGGAUUUUCAUAGAAAGGUUUACCAACUAUGUUGGGAGGAAUCAUAUUUUUGUAACACAUUCAUAAAACAUGGAAUCAAACAUGUGACCAUUUUGUUUAUGAAAAAGUUGACUAUUUACCUCUGUAAUAUUUGUACCCAGCCCAGAACCACUUCUGCCUGGAGUAGGAGGAUGGCUGUGGACUAAUGCUACACAUAAAUAAGGUAGAUAGUAGAGGGAGAAGAGCAUCUAUGCUGGCAGCUCAGCACUGGUGAUGCAACAAAUAUCUGCACAAUACAGCUAUAGCAGCCAGAAUGGAGUUGGAAGCUUAAAAAAUAGUCUUUAAAUGACAGAUCACAACAGUCGUCAAAUAAAUAAAUAUAUAUUGUUGCUGUCAUGCAAACCUUGUUUCUCCUUAUUUCAUUGUUUUAAUGUUUUUGCAUUGAUUAGUGCUAUCAACCUCCCUUUAUGUGUGUCAUAGGCUUUCUGACAUUCAACAGAUAAAAGGUAAUUUUUUAUGAAAAAGCUUGUGGUUAAUACUCAUGCAAUGUUUCAUUUUGUGCAAAACUGUUUUUGAACGUCUUGGAAAGCAGUAGUUUUGGAGAUUUUGAACGACAGCAGUGAAAGCAACAUAUAUACGUCCUCUUUAGUCGUACCUGAAGGACUAAAUUUGACAUAUUCUGUAGGGGUCACUGUUCGAGUUAUUCCUUUUUAUGUGGGUAUUACAAGUCCCUCUGACAGCUCAAGGACUGCUCUGUUUAUAUUUCUUUUGCUUCUGAGAAUAAAACAAGGGGUACUUGAUGGGAUCAAUACACUACUGUUGUUACAGAUAAUAGUCUUUUGAUGUAGUUUAGCAUGAAUAUAACUUCCCAGCUUAAAAAAAGCUUAGGAAGACCCUCAUUACUUCUAAAAGUCAUUAACAAGCUAUAGCAGUGAAGUUAGCAGGCGGUUUCUGUCAAGUCCAACCAGUUUCAGCUUCUCAUGAUGAAAAUAAUCCAGCAGAUAACACUGUAAAAGCACAAUUUGUCAUCUUUGCACUUUGUAUUUUAGGUGGAUUACAUACAUAGAGAUAACUUGUUGAUAGUUCAACGCAAACUGUCCUUGUAGAUGAUGCAUUUGACCAGAACCAGGCCAACUAUUCCCCCCUUUUUAGCCUUUAUUGCAAACUAGGCUGUCUGUCUCCUGUAUUGUAACUAUAAGAGGGGUACUGAUGUCAGUUUAAGUCUUGUUUGAUUUAUGCUUUACAUGUAAUGCACAUAGUGUGAAUGUUUGUUUAUCAAAUGUACUGUGAUGGAAUAUUUAAGACCUGCAGUGUUUGAUGGUUCACUGAAGUGACAUAGUAUUCUCAAGUAAUAGUCUUUAGCUGUGCCUUAUUGUCUUGAAAAUGUACUCAUUAACUAUUGGUAAUAUGCUGUGUCAAAAAACAAUAAAGAGAAACUGACUUUGUAAGUAUAUUUCCCGCUGAUCACCAAUCUACCAUUUGACGUAUGCAACCACCAAAGCAGAGACACAAAAAAAAAACUGUAAACGUAUGUACAGUGUUGUGAAUAAAGGUUGUGAUACUCAA